AGUUUGGGCAGGAUGGUCUCUAGCAUUGAAUCAAUUACAGGACUCUGUUUCUGAGGCCAUCAGAGAAGGGAAAAUAGCAGCAGGGAGACUGGGACCUUACUUGGGGGCAAAAACAAAAACAAAGUUUUCGUUCUCCUCGUACUAUUUUUUAUGGAUUAUUAACACAAGAAGGUAAGGGAAGGGAUUUCUUCCUUCUCUCUCUCUUUCUCUCUUUUUCCUUCGGGACGUUUUCGAGGUCGGAUUCUAGCAAACGGAGAGCUGGGUGGGAUAAGAAAGCGCCUUUGGGGACACAGGCGCGCGGUGGGAGGGAGACUUUGCCACGCGAUUCUAUGUGCGCAGAAGUAAAGUAACCGAGCCCCCUCCCCGUCGAUCAAGUAGGGAGCUGAAUCCCAAGGCAGUGUGUCCAAGACCGCAGCUUUCUCCUGAAACAACGGGGAGCUGCAGGAAAGUUUUUGGAUUUGCGGGGCAGCUUAUCGCAAAGAGAGGGGGGCGGUGGUGGAAACGGAGCUUUCGCCUCAUUCCAAGGUGAGACGCUCUCUUUCUUCCUGGCGCGGAGCGAGAAAGACGCAGCGCUCUGGAGCAGAGGGGAAGAUGGAGAGGUGGGGAAUCUCCGAGGAUCGGGUCUGGGGAUGAGCUGGAUGGGAUGUUGGGGGAAGAUACAGGAGUGGACAGAGAAACACCUCAAUUCGGAGUCAAGCUCCAAUUCGGAUUCCUGCCCGUAAGGCAAGUGUCCCCAGCCAGACGCCAAGGGAUCUCCGCGAUCGGGUGUUGCUCUCCAGGGAGCUGUGAACUCGGGUCUGAAGGGAGGCUGCGGCGCUGGCGGAAAGAAAAAACUCUGCCUGCUUCUUGGCAGCCUUAAUGACAACCAGAUUCGGCGGAGCGCGCAGGGGCCACCGCGCCGCAUUCCUGCAGCUGGGCUGGGAGGAGGGACUGGGGAAGGGGGGCAGCAGCAGAAGGGGGGCUCCUGGAGGGGAAAGAGGGGCGCGAGUAUGUCUCUGUGUGUGUGCGUGUGUGUGCGCGCGCGCGCGCCUGCCCCAAACUGGAGUGAAGCCCCUUUUGAGCGUAUGCGUGUUUAAACAGCGGGGAUAAUCUGCAGAUGAAUCACGGAGCAGGAAGAGGACUGGGGAGCUAGCCAUGCAGCCUCGGCUUCUCCGUCCUGCCUGUGUUCAGCAGACGCAGGGAGGUCGGGGGACAGCUUAGAGCCUGUUGCAGAAGGUAAGAGGCAAGAAAUCGUGGCAGUCCUAAAAUCCAGGUCUCUCUCAUUCUCUCUCUCUCUUCUCUCUUUCCAAUAACUACUAGAACUCUUCGUUCCUUGCCCUUUCCUUUCCCCUCUAAACCGAAGCCACUCCGAAUCUGGUGAUCCCAGUGUAUCAGACCCAGAGGGAGAUCCACCCCCCGUCCCUGUUUAUCUGCCCUCUUAAUUCGAAGAGCGCCCAGUGGCACUCUAAACAUGGCUAUAAUAUCCUUUCAAAAGCAGAUACUUUCGCCCUUUGGGGUGACUGGCUGCCACUAAACCCUCUCCCUGCCCUCUCCACCGCGUCCCUAAAGACGCGCAUUUACUUCGACCCAUCCUAGCCUUGCGCGCAAGCUGGACCCGAGGAACCAGGCGAGGAAGAGGAAACUUUUGGUUCGGGGAUUGCAGACGCUGCUUAUGGAAAACCCGACGGGGCUGUUUGUCUGGCGCUGCCAACGCUGCAAGGCGAGCCGAGUCGCCUUGGAAAAAAAGUUCUUGGGCGGGCGCACCAGGAAAUGGCUCUCUCCUCGCUCGCUUGCUCAACGUUUUCUUUGGACCGGGAUCGUCCAUCCAGCAGCUCGUGGGCGAUCCAAAGAACACGGCCGGCCGGGACAACCCGCUGGAGAGGACAGAAACGGAUCUGGGACCGGGCGGAGGUGGGGAAGGGGGAGCGCACAAUCCCCAAAGCGGGAGUUUACUCUGGAUUAGCCUCCACAAACACACUCCUGCGGAGAGGUUUUUUCUUCCUUGCUUGCUUUGAGAGGAAAAAAAGUCCCUGAAGUCCUUUGCAACUCCGCUUCAGACCGCUUUGGCUCCGAAAGGGCCACAGAACUGGGAUGUAUCUCUCUUUGGAGCCUAAGAAUUUGUCUUCUCCAUUUGUCUCCAUUUGUCUUCUCCAUUUCUAUGGACGUUUCAUCUCCCCUCCCCCCAAAAGGUGAAGCGACUUGGAGCACCUUGAUUUUGUUAUCGAAGCGGACGACCCUGACGCUCUCUUUUUGCCUCGUUUCUUGACCCAACGGGGCGGACCUGGAGUUCCACUUGCAGCACCUUUUCCGCGGCACUUUGUUCCGAGGUGAGACACCAUUUGUGAAAUCUGGAGUUUCCCGGAGAAGGCAACCAAAGCUCAGCACCCGCGCGCCCUUCUGCCAGCUCCCCCUAUUUUCCCCCAUCACAGCCCCGUCUAACUGGAAUCCAUAGGCCACCGUUGAUUCGAGGGGCUUUUAUACUGAUUUUUUUAAAUUUUUUUUUUGCUUCCUGAUGCUUUGACCGAGGGGACUUUUGGCAGACGCGGGUCUAUUCUUGCCUUCCGAUCCUAAAGGGCUGCGUCACAAGGAUUAACUAAUUUUCAUCUACUGAAAGGGUGCCAUCCCAAUACCCACAUAAAUCAACUCUGAAACACCGCUCGGCUGAAACACCCUGGAAUCUACUUCACACAAAGAAUCCGGAGCAGGAGCCGGGAGUCCCUUUCAUCUUCGACAGUCACUACGGCCCGGAUCUCCCUGAAACCUGGAGGGAUCCUUUUCACUAGGUGAUCUGAUAGCAAAUCCUCCCGGAAGACCAUAACCCCUCUCGGCCAAGAACUCACGGGAGGCGGGCACAGAAUAAUAGGCUCCCCUUUCGCUCCCCCCCUCCCAAAUUUUUGUUUCUUGAAUUUGGUCCAGACAGUCCUAUUGUGUUCUCGCAGGGAAGGAGUAAAAGCGUAAGGAAGAUCUUCUCUUAGCCUAAGCUUUUCUUUCUCUGCUCUCUUUCCUCAUUCACUCUUCUUUUUUAAACGAGAGCCCCCAUGUGAAGUACAGUACUGGUUUCUGCGAGGAAACGGAUCCUCGAGCCAGUUAAGCCGCAGCGCUGCUUUCUUCUAAGGCGCCUUCCUUCAAUGGACUUUCGAGGCCAGCGACUCCGGCUUAACAAGGUGUGUGGACAGAGACCCACCAAGUCCUGGCGGGCAUUAAACGGGCAGGCUGUGAAAAGCGUGUGAACGUAAGCGGUCUCCAAGCUAAACAAUGAGAUAAUGUCGAGGCGUCUCUUUACAAUGCGCAGUUGUUUUGGAUUGGAAGCUAGCUCGCGCCGCUUAUUCUGGAAAGGAUCCCUUAAGUCGAGUCAGGCUGGCUGAUGCCUGACUUUUUUCCUUUGCUCCAUGGGUCUAUCGAAUAAGGGUGAAGUCCGAGGGCCCAUUCACACGUGCAUGGUCAUCAUCUGAUCACAGCGUUGGUGACUCGCGGUUGAACGUGUGAACAGACCGGGGCUGCAAAGCAUGGCUUUUGAAGCGGCAUGUCUUUAUGGUCUGUAAUGUCUGAUUCACACAUGCAGGUCUGUCUUCUGUAAGCGGACGCAAGCCAGCUUCCAGAUGUUGUUCUUCAGCGAUCAUCUCAAAAUCUAGGCCUCAUGCUAAGACACUGAAACGCGGGUCAGAGUGCAUAACAAGGAGAUGAGGGAGCAGGCUUUUUGAGGGGCAUUGAGGUGGUUAGAAUGUCGCUUCAUAAGUUACGUUUUGCCCUAGAAAUCUUAUUGCUAACACGUGAAAAGCGCGCCUGGUAGCAAAUCGAAGUUCUUGCGCGCUGCCAGAUAUUCAGGAUUCGAACCCGCGCCUGAGUUUCCUUCCCUCUUGCCCAGAAGGCCACAAUGGCUCUCGAGUCUAUGUCUCAAUAUUGCCGCUUUUAAAAACACGGAGAAAGGAAAGAGGCAUCUGUUAUGUGCUGGGUUUAGGAAGGGGGGUGGUGACUUUUAAAAUACAUGGGACCCCUCAGGAGAAGAGGGGAGAGAGGGCGGGGCGGAGGAAUCUAGGAAGACUCCAGCUUGCAAACUUCGCUUUGUUUUGCUUUCCCAGGCAAGGCCUUGGUGAUUCCUAUACGGAUGGAAAACAGCGGUCUCCAAAUCGCUGACUAGGGCUGGGGCUGGCGAGAAGUCAUGAAUGCGGUUUGCUGCUCAGCUACAGAAUCACAUUCCCCCUCCCUCCUCUAAAACUGUCGAGUCCGCAGGUCGACCCCCCCCCCCACCGCAAAGACUUCUCGCGAUAAAGUUGAGCAAGGGUGGGAGGGAAGACAACUAGAGAGGAGUCACGUACCCCUGAUCUUUACGCGCGACGUGCACUGCAAGGGGUUGGACUAGAUGACCCGUGGGUCCCUUCCACCGUUACAAUUCUAUAAUUCCGUGAUCUGCCAAGAAGAGCACGGGGUGGUGAAAUCAUUAAUUACCGAGAAAUAGCAAAGUCCAUGAUCAGUACCACACCAGGAGUUGGGGGUGGGGGGAGGCGGGGGAUAUGAAAGAGAGAAGAAGAAAGUUUAGAAUUUAAGACCAGGCACUAAAAACGCUGGACACGUGUGUGUGUGUUUGUGUGUGUGUGGAGAGAGAGAGAAGUAGUGGAGGAAUCGCGCGGAAUUUCUUGAAUGCUGCUGUGUUGACUGUGUGAUGUGGCGGGGUGGGUCGGCUUGGACCGUGCCAGAUCUUCUGAUUUCCCAAGGGAAGAGGCAGCAGUAAAUUAUAGCCGCGAGGUCAGAUUCGUCCUCUGCGCCGUUUUGCAACAACGCACAGCAGCAGCAGCGAGGCGUUGAGGUUGGCGGUGCUCUGCUGCCCCCCAGCGAUUGUUUUGGCGAAUUGCGAGCGCCUUGUGCCAGAGUGUGAGGGGGAUGUGGACAGGAGACCCCAUUCAUCGCUAGUAGUGAAUCUGCUUUUGAGCACUCUCCCUUCCUCACAUUAGGGAACUUCCUGCGGGGACGCACGACGGACUGAAUGGAAAGCCCUCUUGCUUACAAGAUAUGUGGCGACCCUCAGCUGCUGCUAUUCUAACUCCCGGGCUUUUCUGGCCACGCUGCAAGUAGUACCCUACAAUGAGUGAAGCCUUAAGAUCCAUUCAUUCACCAAAUAGUUGAGCAUGAUUUAAGUAUGGAGGGUCCUGCGUUGGUUGCUGCCCUUGGUUUCAGAGAAACUUGAUCUUGUAGCCAGGAGUUUGGAACAGAUGGCUCUUCCAGUGCUCUAAUUCAACAUUUAUACAUUAUUAUAAUUUGUUAUCCCUCCCUCUAAUUUUAACUCAUUGUCCCUGAAAUGAAGCUGAAGUCUCUGAGAAACAAGUGGGAGUUGUUUGUAUGCUUGGGGGAGCUUGGGAUGUUUGCGGAAGCACAAAAACCCCAACCUUAACAAAUAAACACAAGACCACAAAGUGGACAAAGAAUACCUCUGAACAUGUGCAGAGUAGAUUUCUUUCAACAUUGGAGUGGUCACAGGUCCACAAACAGUCCCAGGUUUUCAGAGCAGGGAAUGUGGCGUCUCAAUCCAGACAUCUUUUGCUUUAAAUGUUAAGACACCUGAUUUACUACUUCUUAUAGAUUCCACAUACUCUGGUUGAAUCAAAUUUUGACCCUAGAGACGUCAAUGCGGGCACUGUUGUUUUUGCGUAAAGUGAGAAUAACAAGAGCAAGAAAUCCUACUUCACCAGUGGUGAAUUCACAUGAUGUAUUUCUUUCAACGUAGUUGAUAUCUGCGGUCAAUUUUGAUAGUGUGUGGAUAUGUGAUUCUGGUUUUGUGAGUGGACCAUUCUAAAGACAUGGUGGGUCAGACUGUAUAAGAAGUUCUGAAAGAUCUCAAAUGUGGUUCUCCAAUGAGCUGGACAGAAUGGUUGGGGGGGGGAGAGUCUAAGUGAGUCAUAAACAUAUUCUCAUGACCAUUUCUUCCAUGUUGAGUAUAAGCAGAUGUUUUUGAAUCGUUCUGCAUGUUCUAAUCACCCUGCCUGUGCCUGCUCCAAGUCAUUUCCAGGGGAACAGCCCAAAUCUUUCUGGUUAAACUUUUUUUGGGGGUGAGGAUAUUUUCCAGGUUGUGUUGUGUGGCCAGAUUCCAAAGUCAAGUCGUGUGGAUUUAGCUAGUCAAAACAAUUGCUGUGACAACCUGCCUGACAUUUAGUGAGUGAACGAACUACCCUGAAUGAGGAAAACCUUUUAAAAAGUGGUUGUGCGAAUUUAUCAUCAGACUCCGAACCCUGUGAUUUUCAGUUUGCAGAAUCUGACGGAAAUCAAUAUUUUGCCGCUUAAAAAAGACAAUUCCACACGCAUGAAAAUGGACUGACACACGCAUGAAAAUGGACUGAAGAUAAUGCAGGAAAAGUUUGAACCCAGUUUAGAUAGCCUGGAGUUCACUUUUCAAGUAUUCUGAACAGAACUUCAUUUAUAUAUAAUAAAAACCACUCAAUUGAGAAGUAAUGUUGAAGUCCCACCUCUCCUGCUAGAUCUGUUGUGGCUCCUUGAGAACAGACCUCAUAGUUUGACCUUGUGACUUUCCGUUGACCCUAAUAAAGGCAUCAUGUUACUGCUACUACCUCUGAGAUCAGUAAGGCAUGGUGAAUAUUAAGCUGGUGUCUAGAAAUAAUGAUUUUUAAAGGCAUUGAGACUCCAAGUGAAUAGCUCAGUUGGUUAGAGCGUGGUGCUGAUAGUGCUAAGGCUCAUGUGGGACACCUGCAUAUUCCUGUGUUGCAGGAGACUAGAUGAUCCUCAGGAUCCCUUCCGACUAUAUAAUUCUAUGAUCUCCUUUUCUUACGGGGUUGCUGUUACAUGGCUAUUAAGAAAUGAGGUGGCUUGCCCCAAAGCACCAAGCAAAAAUCCAUUUGUGUGUGUGUGUUUGUGUGUGACAUUGUGGGUUUUACUCAACUUUAAGGAUUCCAUGUGUUGAACUGAGAGAGACUGGCUCUCCCCAGUUCAGAGUGGAUUGUGACUCCAGAAUCCCUUUGCUUCACCAUAUAGCUAGCAAAAUAGCAACGGUUUGCUUGCUUAAGCCACCUGGAACUGCUCACCAAACUUAUUCCGUUUCUGGCAUGUUGUACCUGUGCUUCUGGCACUCUUUGACUGGAAGGUGUGUACGAAAUGUGCAAUGGACGAUGGGAACUGAUGCUCUUGCCUCAACACUGGAUUAGUUUACAAUACAGUGGUACCUCGGGUUACAGACGCUUCAGGUUACAGACUCUGCUAACCCAGAAAUAGUACCUCAGGUUAAGAACUUUGCUUCAGGAUGAGAACAGAAAUCGCGCGUUGGCGGCAUGGUGGCAGCAGGAGGCCCCAUUAGCUAAAGUGGUACCUCAGGUUAAGAACAGUUUCAGGUUAAGAACGGACCUCCAGAAUGAAUUAAGUUCUUAACCCGAGGUACCAGUGUACUGGAAAAGCUUUAUACUGCACAGUGAGCAUAGAAUUCAUUUUAUAUUUUUGCAACCCAUUCCUAGGCAUGUUUACUACUCCUGAAUUCAGCGGGGCACAUUUUAUUUUAUUUUAUUUCAUUUACAUUAAUACCUCACCUUUCCUCCAAGGAGAUCAAGGUGGUGUUCAUGGUUCACCCCCUACCUGUUUUAUCCUCUCAACAACCCUGUGAGGUAGGCUGGACUGAGAGACCGCAACUGGCCCAAGGCCACCCAGUGAAGUUCAUGGCUAAGUGGGGACUUCGAACCCCUGUCUCGCAGGUACAUCUCUCUAACCUCUGUAGCAAAAGGGAUGGAUGGCAGCCUUAAGUCUUCUUCAGCUUCCUCCAGCUGCUUUAAGGGUCAAAAGGAUUCCUUAAUUCCUUAAUAUUCCUUAAUAUAAUAAUAAUUUAAUAAUUAAUUAAAAUUAAUAAUAAGGCUUACAUAUGCCCAGCUUCACAUUCUCUUUCCUCACUGUGUAGUAGCAAGAAAUCUUGGCUGCCCUGACAUUAGCGACCUACAGCUUGGAGUUUAUGUUCAGAGAAUCUGAAAACCUUUUGAGUUAACACUCCUGCGUUACACCAGUGAGGCACACAUACCAUCCUAGAAUCUCAGUCAAGCAAAAGGCAACAGAUGUUAUCAUGCUAGGAUCCAGCAAUCCUUUAGUGACAUAACAUAUUAAUGUGAAAAGGAAGUCUAGAUGCCAAGAUAGGAGAGUCGUAAGUGCACAUAUUUGGGCUUCUUUGGCAGAAAGGGUGGGAUAGAAUUAGAGUUAGUUUAUAGUAGGAGUAGGAGUAGUAGUAAUUUAUUUAUAUGCUGCCCAUCUGACUGGGUUGCCCCAGCCACUCUGGGCAGCUUCCAGCAAAUUAAAAACAUUAAGCACAGUAAAACAUCAAACAUUAAAAACUUCCCUAUACAGGGCUGCCUUCAGAUGUCUUCUAAAAGUUGUAUCAUUACUUAUCUCCUUGACAUCUGAUGGGAGGGCGUUCCACAGGGCGGGUGCCACUACCGAGAAGGCCCUCUGCCUGGUUCUCUGUAACUUUGCUUCUCGCAGUGAGGGAACCACCAGAAGGCCCUCGGAGCUGGACCUCAGUGUCUGGGCUGAACGAUGGGGGUAGAGACGCUCCUUCAGGUAUACUGGGCUGAGGCCAUUUAGGGCUUUAAAGGUCAGCACCAACACUUGAAUUGUGCUCGGAAAUGUACAUGGUACAGUGGUACCUCAGGUUAAGUACUUAAUUCGUUCCAGAGGUCCGUUCUUAACCUGAAACUGUUCUUAACCCGAAGCACCACUUUAGCUAAUGGGGCCUCCUGCUGCUGCCAUGCCGCUGGAGCACGAUUUCUGUUCUCAUCCUGAAGCAAAGUUCUUAACCCGGGGUACUAUUUCUGGGUUAGUGGAGUCUGUAACCUGAAGCGUAUGUAACCUGAGGUACCACUGUAGUAGUAUUUUUACAUUGGUAGGGAAACAAAGGAGCAGUUCACACAUGCAUAUUCAUCACUCCUGGACUGCUGCUCAAGCAUGGGCAUAGCUGCCCCCCUCAAGUAAAUAAAUAAAAAUAACUAACUGAGCAAUUUCAUUGUAGAUAACUCAGUUCUGCCUCACCCCAGCAUAAAGCCUGUCCCCCAAAAGUAGAUCACGGCUAUGCCCAUCGCUUCACGUAACUAUUUGCAUGUGCCAAUGACCCAUCACAGAUUAGGCACAGCAAACAGAACCUUUUUAUCACAGGUUAUCUGAAACUUAAAACCCUUCCCUUUAGUAGGUGAACAAGACUUCUCACUACCACAGGUUGAUAUUUCACUCCAGCCAGUGAUGCUUAUCCAAAAAUAAGAGACCACACUUAGAGCGAGUAGAUUACAUGGUAGCUUGCCGCUCCAGAAUGCCAACCCUUUUGGGGUGCUGAUCCAGCAGGCUCCCCAUAUUCUCGCUUAAUCAAUAGUUUGCUGCUUUUCUGUGUUACAAUGAUAACAGCAACUCAGGGCUCCGAAUGCAUAUAUGUUUAGAGACUUUUUUAAAAGGUGGUGGAACCCAUGAAGUUUCAAUUUGGGCCAAUACGAAGCUCACUGGCAUUUACAAACUACGCCAAGCAUAGGUAAAGGGACCCCUGAUCAUUAGGUCCAGUCAUGGACAACUGUGGGGUUGUGGCUUUACUGCUUUACUUGCUUUACUUGCUUUACUGGCCGAGGGAGCUUCCGGGUCAUGUGGCCAGCAUGACUAAGCCACUUCUGGGAAACCAGAGCAGCGCACGGAAACGCCGUUUACCUUCCCGCCAGAGCAGUACCUAUUUAUCUACUUGCACUUCGUGCUUUCGAAUUGCUAGGUUGGCAGGAGCAGGGACCGAGCAACGGGAGCUCACCCCGUUGCGGGUAUUCGAACCGCCGACCUUUUGACCAGCAAGCCCUAGGUUCAGUGGUUUAACCCACAGCGCCACCCUACACCAAGCAUACUUUACCACAAAUGGGAGUCUGGCACUCAUUAGUAGACCUGUAACUUAAAUGGCCCCGGGUCACAUGUGCAUCACUCAAUGUAUUUGAUGCAAGGUUGCAGGAAGGUGAUGUUUCUUCCUUAGGAGCAGCAAACUAGGGAGGCAUUAGGAAAAGACCCUUCUCUUCUUUCUUCUCCUCUGCUCUUUCAGUAUUUCCUUGGCUGGGAAACAGUCCAGGAAAUGAAAUACUUGCAGCGGGUAAUGGGCCAAAAGGGGGAAGUGAUAUCCAUCAAACCAAGGAGGAAUCGACAUUUUUGGAAAGCAAUCUUGGAUACGGGCCUUGGAUAGAGAAUUUGAUCUUGUAACUCAUUCAGGUUUUACGCCUGUGAAUUCAUCAUCUUUAAAAUGGAUCUAGGAAGCCAAUUUUUUUAUUGCCUGCUCCUCUCUCCCCUGGAGUCACUGAAAGCUGCAGAAUCCCCUGCUAUUCCUUGCACUGGGAAUUUCUGCUGUCGGUAGAACUUUGCUAGGAAAAAAGCCAGCAACCGUGAAAAGUUGCAGGUGGCCCCAUGAACAUGUUUCAGUGAAGCUUGCAAAAUAUAAAGCAUUCUUCAAAAUGCGUUUCUUUUUAUUGGGCUUCCUUGAUGCUUUCUUGGAAAUGUGCAACAUCUCCUUGGGGAGACUAUAGGCUGAUUAGCAUCUGAUGACCCUCAAGGAGGUUUUCAAUCCUUGCAAAUGUUGGACAACCUUGCGAUUAUGUAACUGGUUCCUUACCUGGUUCUAAUAAUGCUUGGGCAGUUUCUAGGACUAUGGGGUCAUGGCAUUUAGCAAAAGCAGAGCAGAAAUACAUAUAUAUUUUUUUUCCAUUUGAAAAUCAAGGUUUUCCAGCAGAUGUUAUUUAGGUAAUCUGGAUUCACUCCAAAAUUGAUCUGUUGCCUCUGAGGCUAAAGUUUGCAUCAGUCAAAAGUAAUAGAACGUUGCUGUAUCAGCGUGAAUCAACAGUGCCGCCAACUGGCCUGUUGGAGUAAAUGCAGCCAAAUCACACCGCAGGAGCUUCAUAGCAGGGCUCAAUGGUGUUUUAGGAGGAGGGUAAGAUGGGUGAAUUUUCUUUCUCUUGCUCCAUUCGCUCUUCUAAAGCUGGUCCCCUGACUUCUGUUUAUCCAUCACUCACACUUUAACAUGGCAUUGCUUGAGAGCGGCAGACAGAAUUUUGUGAACUGGCUAUUUUAUGGCAAUACAGUGAAAGACUGUACUUUAGAAGCAAACACCUAAGAACUUGUGCAGCCCACUCCUAUGCAUGGUUACUUACAGGUAAGCCCCAUUCUGUUUAAUGUGGCUUCCUCCCAAGCACGUUUGCGUAAGAUUUUGCAGCAAUAGGCAGCAAUUUUAUGCACAUUUUUGCUGGGAAUAAACCAUCACGCAAACAGUUUACUUGUAUUUUGUAUUUUUUAAUAAACAUGAAUACAAUUGAGCUGUUACUUUGCUUCCCUUCUGAGGAACUGCAGAAUGGCUGGCUUGGUGUUGUUUAUUGUAAUGCCCACUUACUAGUGUUUUGGAGGGACACGGGUGGCGCUCUGGGUUAAACCACAGAGCCUAGGACUUGCCGAUCGGAAGGUUGGCAGUUUGAAUCCCCGCGACGGGGUGAGCUCCCGUUGCUCGGUCCCUGCUCCUGCCAACCUAGCAGUUUGAAAGCACGUCAAAAGUGCAAGUAGAUAAAUAGACACCGCUCUGGCGGGAAGGUAAACGGCGUUUCUGUGUGCUGCUCUGGUUCGCCAGAAGCAGCUUCGUCAUGCUGGCCACAUGACCUGGAAGCUGUACGCCGGCUCCCUCGGCCAAUAAAGCGAGAUGAGCGCCACAACCCCAGAGUCGGCCAUGACUGGACCUAAUGGUCAGGGGUCCCUUUACCUUUACUAGUGUUUUUGGUCUUAACUUUUCUAACAAAGAAGGGAGUAGCUCAAAUUUCCAAUUUCCAUUUGCUCUACAAACCAACAUGUCAUCUUUUCUCUCUCUGCCCCCCCCGUAUUUUCCAAUUUGAUGAUCACCAAAAUCAGGAACAUGUGGAGCAGCUCUCUACCCUGCCCCAAGCUGAAUCGAAGCAAACAACAACCUGGGGAAACCCAGAAUUUGCUCCAGUUGAGUGCUAGAGAGUGCAUUUACACUGAGAAACCUCCAGGUCAAAAACAAAGCAAAACUUAUUGGACACAGAGCUUUAAAUGUGAACCUAUGUCAGGAAAGAACAGGGCAAAAGUGUGGAUAAGCCCUGAAUCCUGAUGUGGUUUAUUUUAAACAUGAAAACUUUAUUGUAGAAUGUUUCUAAGCACACUGGUUUGGAGUAUUUUUCACUGAACUCAGUGCAUUUUCUUUCUCUGUAAAUAGAUGGCAGUUGGUUGCAAGAAUAGACAGCAGAGGCAGCUUGAAGCCUGAGAAGUUAGCUAAUCAGAGAAGAUUAUGGGAUUUUUAUUUUUAUUUUAAGAUGUAUGUACUGUGGAUUCUUUAUCUAGGAAAAAUACAGGCUAGAACUGUGAUUUUAAAAAAAAGAUGAGGGGAGAAGAAGGCUGGAAGGGAAGACGACUUUGAUGUUCAAGAGCCUCUUAUCAGUGGGAGGCACUUUACAUAAACACAUGGCCAUUAUUGCUAAUUGAAAAACCAAGGCAGAUGACUUGUUUCUGCAGGAAUGCCAUCUGCUGAAUUUCUGGAGUUGUUGUGCAUGUUCUGGUCAUCUGUCAGUCCUGGUGGGGGAAUGCAGGCUGCUGCUCAUCCCUCUACUUACAGAAGGGCAGCCAGAUUGAGAUUGCAGUGGUCAGUAAAUCACUCCUUUGGUUUUUCCUUGGUAUUGGUUUAAUGCUCCUCCCUGAUAUGCUGUUGCAGUUCCAAUGCAUGUCACAAGUACAGUCUGUACACUGGUACCUCGGGUUACAUACGCUUCAGGUUACAUACGCUUCAGGUUACAGACUCCGCUAACCCAGAAAUAGUACCUCGGGUUAAGAACUUUGCUUCAGGAUGAGAACAGAAAUCGUGCUCUGGUGGUGCAGCGGCAGCGGGAGGCCCCAUUAGCUAAAGUAGUGCUUCAGGUUAAGAACAGUUUCAGGUUAAGAAUGGACCUCCGGAAUGAAUUAAGUUCUUAACCAGAGGUACCACUGUAUUUAGGAACAAAGGGAGCUACCUUAUACAGAGUCAGACAAUUGGCCCAUCUAGCACAAUAUUGUCAACUCUGACUGACAGAGGUUCUCCAAGGUUUCAGACUGGAGCUUUUCCUGCCCCUAUCUGGAAAUGUCAGGGAUUAAGCAUGCAAGUCCAAUGCUGUACCAUGGAGCUCUGGUUCUGCCCCAAGGAAGGACCUUAUUCAUAGAAUUAUAGAAUCUUAAAGUUGGAAGGGUUCCUGAGUAUCAUAUAGUCUCUGCAGUGCAGGAAUAUGCACCUGUCCCACGUGGGGAUCAAGCCUGCAACCUUGGUGUUAUCAGCACCAUGCUCUAACCAGCUGAGCUACCCAGGCUCUAAGCCGAUGGCACCCGAUAUUCUCAGGUGGUCUCCCAUCCAAGUACUAACCAGGCCUGACCCUGCUUAGCUUCCGAGAUCAGACGGGAUGAGGCAUGUUCAGGAUAGUAUGGCUGUAAGCUAUUCAUUUUCUAUCAUAUAUGGAAAAGGAGUUUUGGUUGAAGCUGCUUAAAGCUAAAUCCUUGGCAACAAAUAAUAGUUUAGUAGGGAUGGAUAGGAAUGCGACUGGCAGUCCUAUGGAUGGUCUUUUGGGAGUGCCUAUGCUUGUAUCAAGGGACGCGAGUGGCGCUGUGGGUUAAACCAGAGAGCCUAGGACUUGCCGAUCAGAAGGUCAGCAGUUCGAAUCCCCGCAACAGGGUGAGCCCCCGUUGCUCGGUCCCUGCUCCUGCCAACCUAGCAGUUCAAAAGCAUGUCAAAGUUCAAGUAGAUAAAUAGGUACUGCUCCGGCAGGAAGGUAAACGGCAUUUCCGUGCGCUGCUCUGGUUCGCCAGAAGCGGCUUAGUCAUGCUGGCCACAUGACCCGGAAGCCGUACGCCAGCUCCCUUGGACAAUAAAGUGAGAUGAGCGCCGCAACCCCAGAGUCGGCCACGACUGGACCUAAUGGUCAGGGGUCCCUUUACCUUUUAUGCUUGUAUCAUACCUUUGUCCAGUAGAAGAGGUGGAUGCUAUAAACGGCAGAAUCCUAAAUAUCUUUAUUAAGUCUUUGAGUAAACAUGCUUAGGGUCAUGCUGUAAAUUUGCUGUUGAUAGAACCCACUUCUUCAGCUGGGCAAAGGGAAGACCCAAGAUAACAUCUGGUAUAAAAGCAGCAUGCGCUGUCACUUGUAUUGAACUGUGCAUGUUGCGUAAGGAAAGAGGUACUGAGUUGUCAUUUAUAAGACAGUAUUUCUUGGCCUGUUGAGGUCUUGCUGCUAUAUUGUUUCAGGAUCAUCUGUUAUGUGAGUUGAUCUAGCACAGUGCAUCAUAGACUGUGGCCAGGAUCCAAAAAGCUACUUUUGUACACUCAGGACCAUUUGCAAUGGAGUGUUUUGCCACAUGGGUGUGUAUGUAUGUGUGUGUGUGUGUGUGUGUGUGUAAUUGCUGUUUAACCCUACCCUUAAACUGCUAUUCAGAAUAGCUGUGUGGGUUUCAUGGUGACUGCAUUUGCAAGUUUCUAUCAACACUGAUGCAGAAUAACCAGUGUGCUACAGAGUGUUUUUUUAAAAGGGGGGGAGGGAAGAAACUGCAUUUUAGGGCCUGGUCCAGCAGCAACACCACUUCCAACACACUACAGCAGGGGUCAGCAAACUUUUUCAGCAGGGGGCCGGUCCACUGUCCCUCAGACCUUGUGGGGGGGACAGACUAUAUUUUGAAGGAAAAAAAUGAACGAAUUCCUAUGCCCCACAAAUAACCCAGAGAUGCAUUUUAAAUAAAAGCACACAUUCUACUCAUGUAAAAACACGCUGAUUCCUGGACCGUCCGUGGGCCGGAUUUAGAAGGCGAUUGGGCCGGAUCCGGGCCCCCGGACCUUAGUUUGCCUAUCCAUGCACUACAGACACUGCCACUGCAACCAUGACAGCAUUUAUACCUGUGCAUUUGCUAAAAACUACCUCAGUUUUUUUAAAAAAAACCAACAACACAUGUAAUAGCCAGCCCUGUGUGUGUUUGUGUGCAAUUUGCAUCAGCACAUGGGGAGGAAAGGUUUAACUCCCUUAUUCCUGCUGAAAUUCUGACAAAAAUCAAAAUGGGAUGAUGUGAAGUGUUUUGAACACUCUAAAUACAAAGCGGUGUGUGCUUUUUAAAAGAACCUCAGCAUUUGCAAUACACAUAUUUUUAGACUUGGGAACAUUUCUCAGUGACGCUGAUUAUGGCUGGUGUCAAAUAUGAAAUCUCCCAUGCUGUCAACUGUCAAACAUGAAAUGCCAUUUCUUGACAUCUAUUCAAUGCUGUCGGUAAAUAUAGGAAAAUGAAAUAUCUUUGGAUACCAAAUAAAGUGCAUCAAAUGGUCAGGAAGUAACUGGUGCAUACCUGACAUUAGAAUUUGCAGAGGACUCUUUGGGGGAACAGAUAUACCGGCUCAGACGAUUUGUCUACCUAGUCCAUUAUUGACUACUCUGAUUUGCAGUAACUCUCCAAGGUCUUGGGCAGAGGUCUUUGAUGUCAUCUGCUGCCUGACCCUUUUAGCCAGAGAUCCCAGGGACUGAACCCAGGACCUCCUGAAUGCAAAACUACAAGACAUUAUAAUUUCCUCAUAAAAUGCAAAAACGUUUUUGAUCAAGUUUGUUUCAGCCGCAGACAAUUGCACACUGACAUGUAUUUUGUGUAUGCAACUUAGCACAGAUUGAGACCAGCUUGAUAAACCAGACAGCUUCUUAAUAGUCCUGCUGAAUGUUCCUAAUGACCUCACCCAUGUUUUCUUUGUAGAGCCUUCACCAAAUCACAGUCAGCCAGACCCACCUAAUCCCAGAGUCAGUUCCAAGACUUCCAUUGGGUUCAAAGGCAAUUUCACUUGAAAAGAGAGUUCGGUGUUUGCCUUUUAGAAAGGAGCAGGUGGGCAGCUUGAUUACCCAAGACUGUAAAUUACACAUGGCACAUAGAGAAAAAGCUUGUUAGUUGUUGUCCUGGAGAGAUUAGCCAUUGAUUUACAGCCAUUCGCUCGGCCAAACUUAAAAGAGAAUGCAAUGGUAGUAAUAAUGUAAAAUACAAUAUGAACAUGGACCCAGUCAUAUAUCCCUUUUCAUGUAUAGCAAGAGAGUUUUGUCAUACAUUUAGAAUCUAGGUUUUAAAUGAUCAAGGAUAUUUAUUUUACAAGAAAAAUACAUGUCAUAUAUUUAUAUAAAAUGGAAAUCCUGACAUACUAAAAGCCCAGCAAACUAUGAUAACCAUUUCCCCCCUCACUGUCAGUGGAGUAAUGUGUAUCCUGAUCUUCUGCAUAUUUACCUUUGGAGUAUGUUCAUUGUACUAACUUCCCAGAGAUGUGUGCAGAGGACUGCAACCUUGCUUGUUGCAAAUGGUGAAGAUCUUUGAAAUCUGUGUAUUCAGCACUGAACAGAGAUGGGUCAAAGCGGAGCCUGUGUUUCUCUGGGGCUGUUUUCAUAAGAAAUUCCUGCAGCUUGAGGAUAAUGUUUUCAAUGAGCCAAAGGAAUUUGGAGAAGAGCAUAACUAAAUGGAUGCUGUCUUUGGAAUAGGCUAAUCAAGAUCAGGCUUUCCAUUCCUGCUCUCUUCCCCCCAAUACUGAUGCUUUUGAGAAUUGCAUAUAGUGUUUACUACUCUAUCCUCAAGAUCUUGCUUCAAACAUUGAAUGUAAGAGACCGAAAUUUUGCAAGAUCCACUUGGCAUAUUUUUGAAGAUAUCGGGUCUGAUUUCAGUAGUUGGAGAAAGAGAUAGGGGGGCAAAAUUUGCAGCAAGGUUCGAAAGCGUGCUCUUAAAUACAUCCGAGAUUUAAGACUGCAGCCUCAUGCACACUGGCAAGUCCCACCGCCGUCUGCAGAACUUCUGAGAAAAUAUGAAAGGGAUUGUGCCGUGUGCAUUUGUUGUGGGUAUCUUUUUUCAGUUCGCAAUAAACAGAAAUGUAUGUGCUAAUCUGCCAAAUGGUACCCCUGGUGAAUUUAACAUAGAUUUGAAUGUAGCCGACCAAAAUUGGUGCUUCCAGGACUAUUUGUCAUUUUUGACAGUACAGAAUGAUUAAUGCCAUCAUUCCACAUUUCCAAGGUGCUAAUGCACAUUGCAGAUGUAGCGUUGUCAUUUCCUAUACCCUCACUAACUAAUCAUGCCUUGCCUUUGUUUCCUGUUCUUGUUUCAGUUGAUGAUCGUCAUGGGUCCUUCCCGAAGAACGAUCCUGAUUGUGGGCUGCUUCUUGACAGGUAACCACAGUUGAAAUUGUUUGUCAAGCUCAAUAUUCUUCAGCAGAGAGCUGAUAGUUAAAUCAAAAUUAUCUAAGCCUAGACCCAAAGACACAACAGCUGAACUACUUGGAAUCUUAUAUAUUUUUCUGGCCUGGGCUGGAGAGGUAUCAUCAGAAAGCUUGGAGAAAGGAGAGGCUAAUAGCAUGAGUUUGGUCUAUACAGGUGACCAACAAAAUUGCCUGAUUUGUGCAAUGGAUCUUCUCCUUCUCCUUCUCCUUCUCCUUCUCCUUCUCCUUCUCCUUCUCCUUCUCCUUCUCCUUCUCCUUCUCCUCCUCCUUCUCCUCCUUCUCCUCCUCCUUCCUCAGUGCACCCACAAAUCUGUUCUGGGGGUUCCUCCAAUCCUCUGGAGCAGAGUUGUCAGGGAGAGGGGAGGAAGGGGAAGUUCUGCUACACAAGCAGAAGUCCUUGCAUGAAUGUGAUGACUUCACUGGAUAUGUGUGUGGCUUCAUAAAAAAGGAUGGUACAGAAACAAUCACCUUAAAAUGAAUCAAUUGUGCUUGAAAUACGGUCUCUUCCUGGCCCCCAGUUGGGUUCCCCAUCUCUGGUGUUCUGGUAUUCUGAACUAAAGAUGUAGCCUGCUGUACUAAAGUGAGUGCUCCAUGUCCUGCAGAACUAUGGCCCCCCCCAAUAGAAAUGGCCAUUGUUCAGAAAUGAGCAGAUGAUCAUUUCCUCCCCAAAUUCCAAUGUAAAAAUAUUAUACUUUUAUUUUCACAGGGCCAUGGCUAGCCUCUUGCCAGUCUUUGCUUCCGACUAUUCUGCCAAACAACGAUGAAAUGGUUGUGCAGCUGAAUUCCCCCUUCACCCUGAAAUGUUCUGGAGACAGUGAAGUCGGCUGGCAACAUCCAAUACCCGAUGGCAACCAUACCAUAGACCUCAAAAGCGAGGAGAACAACAGUGGCCUGUUUGUGACCGUGCUUGAUGUGGCAAAUGCUUCUGCUUCUCACACUGGAUUGUACACUUGCUACUACAAUCAUUCUCAAGAUGAAGAUGGUGAGGUGGAGGGGAAGGACAUCUAUGUCUUUGUGCCAGGUGGGUUGAUUCCUUUCACUGUAUCUAUGAUAAAGCCUCCAUGAUAGUGAAACCUCUUUGACAGAGAAGGUUGUGGAGCAACUGAACGUUACGAUGCUGGUCAUUUCUAUUGAUCAAAACACACCAUUUUAGAAGCUGCAUAUAAAUCCAGUUCAGAGCCUUUCCUAUGUUUAGAUUUUCAAACCUGACCUGGCCACAGAUCACAAUCAAAGAACAUACCACACUAACCAAAUGGAGAUGAAUUUUGUGGAAUUAGUCCAAACUUGACUUGUUCCAAUGGAAAGUAGCUUCACACUGUUCUAACAACAGGGAACUCUUUCCAUAUCAACUUUUCUGCUGGUAAUUCCUGCAUGCAAAUUCCUGUGUGCACUGCAAAAGGAACCGAACAAUGCUCAGUUUGCAGUUCCCAGAAUUUGCUGGGCUUUAUUUGUACCCAACAGAAUAUCCAACAGUCCUCUGUGGCUGUGCAUGAUGUGUGAAGGUGAAUAAUGGACAAAUGAUCUUUCAAGAAAGCUUGAUGAUAUUAGAGUACUACUAACAUUCUCAUCCAUUGAGGAGCCUUUGACAAAGCUUCCUAGGAACCCCAGGAUUUUCUGGACCACAGUGCAAGAAACAUUCCCUUAGAUAGAUUUAGAAUCAGAGAAUGCAUCUUGAAUCUUUUCAAAACUAUUUGGGGUAUGCGCUUGAAAAUGUUUAAUUUAGUUUCAUUUUCUAAAGGCCACAGUUUAGUUUCACUUUCAUUUCGCUUACACUCAUCUCAUUGCACGUUGGUUAUUCUCAGUUUUAAUUUCACCUUCGUUUUUGCAUUGAUUUCAGCCAAGAUGCAUCCUCUGUUCUGCGACCUAUGACAUUGGUGCAUCCGAUCUAAAUGGCAGAACAUUCACAGGCAUUCUACUAUGCCUCUGCCUACAGCACCAUACCUGCUGGAUUUGUUACAGAUUGGCCAAAGGGGAUCCCAUUUUAUAGGCAAGAGAGAGAUCCAACUGCUUUUCUCCUGUCCCCCCCAUGCAAAUAUCAUGACACUUGUGGGCAUUCUGUCCCCCAAGCCAUCAGACAGAGGACAGUUUGGAAAGGGCAUUCUGUUUGAUCAUUGGAGACUUCUUGUAAGAUACGGAACUAAUGUUUCUAAGCGUCAGGUUGGAAAGUUGGCAUGUCUUUUCAGUUCCACAGUUUUCUCCCUCCUCUUGUUCCUUGUACCAGUUCAGGAAUAUUUUCGUUUUCAAUGCAAUGCAAUGCCUUCUAGGUAAAACUAACAUGUGAAACUUUUUUUUUUAAGGGUGCUCCUAUUAGUUUCUCACAUUUAAGUUUUUGCAUUGAAAAGUUAUGUGGGGUAAUUAGUCUCACAUUACUUUAUGAAACUAAGGCACACCCCAACGAUCUAUAUAAACAGGGGACUUAGUAAUAGUUUGAGAACCACAAAGCAUAUGCAUUGCAUUCCAAAGUUUGUCUUCCAUGAGCAGAACAACCAAUGAAUGACUCACGAUUGAUUGCCCUGACAGACAGAGAUAGAUACCCAGUUUAGGGCAGCCUUCUUGCCCUUACAAAAUCAACCAGCAAUAUAUGUUGCAGUUUUGCCAUUGUUUAAUGGGGUAGUUACAGCAGGAAUGAUUGUGGCAUUUCUCCUUGCCCAGAGAAGUGAUUCCUGCUUGACUGAGAUUUUCCCCAUAGACUAAAAAAUGAGCUGCCAGUGUUGCAGAUCUUAAACUUCUUCUUUCUUUAUUAUUCAAAUUAAAAUGUCUCUUUCUAUCACGAACAGUAUAUUUUCUAAGGAACCCAUAUAUUCCCUCCCCCCCACAUAAGAAUUUUGAAAGCACAGGUGGAAGCCAUUUUCUUUAUUAGAAGCAGAAAGCAUUUAAAGUCUGUGCACUGGAUCAAUCCCAAGGCAACAAGGGGGGGAAGCUGUGAGAAUCCCAUUUGUGGGGAGAAAGCAAAUGCACUGCUUUUGUGGAAUGCAAGUUUAUGUGCUGCUAGGUUUGAAUGAUUACUAGAAGGUCUCACAGCGCACAUUACAAAUUCCUUUGUCGGCUGGGUUUGGAUUUUCUAUAUAGUCAACUGCCUGCCCCCCAAAAAACUUGAUACAAGACAUCCCAGGCUUGUAGUACCAUUUUCUUUAUUUUUACAAGAUAGAUUUCAAUAAGAACUGGAGUUCUAAGCAUAAUACCAUAUUAUGGUAAAAUGUGAAACACUGGGAGAUGUGGUUUCUUUCUCUUUAGACCAAAGGGUGGUUUAAAAGUUAAUGGCCUAUAAACCGGGCUAAACAUACUCUUCACUAAGGGCCGGUUCUGUCACUCCCAUUUCUGUGGCAAGAAAAAACUUGAUUCUGAUUUGUGUAAUUUCUCAGACAUUGCAUUCUUCAUUCUGAAUUUUUUUACCAUGUGUUGUUUCUGAGAAUAGUAUGCCGCUAUCCAGAGAGGUGUUGAGCUGAAAGUUCUCCUGUGGGAACUUUCAGCUUGUAUUUCAGGACUCUGAGGUGUGUGUGUGUGUGUGAUAGGGCAGCCGAAACCCCUCUUUCCAAUUUGAGAGAAGGGAAAAUUCAGAGGUGAAACUUAUCACUGCCACCCAGAGUUUCUCCUUGCUCCUACCAUUUUCUUUCUCCCAAAGUCCCCAAGAGUGACACUAUAAAAGGCUAAGUUUGCACAUAACACUAAACAAUGGUUGGUGCAGCUUUCGUUUUGCACUCCAGACAUUUCAGACUACAUUUCCCAUCAUCCAGUGCCUUGGUUAUGGUUGUAAUGUGAUUGGUUUUUGUUUUUUAAAAAUGUUAUUAGCUACCUUCAACUCCUUUGGGAGAAAGGUUGGGAUUGGAAUUUAAAUCCUCACCCUGAACAAUGACAAUGGCAGCUGGGGCUGAAGGAAGUUGUGGUCCAAAACAUCUGGAAAGCACCAAUUUGGAGAAGACUGGUUUAGCACUAUGAGGACAAGCCUCAAUGUGCCUGAGCAAAGCAUCAGACUCUCACACUCCCCUCUCCAUCUAAGAUUACCUUCACUUCCAAAGAAAAUUGGCUUAGUGUUACAUACGGACUAGGGAACUAGCUUUGAAACAAACUCUGCGUAGUUUAACAAGCCAGCUUCAUGACUCAUGGUUUGAGUUCCUUGUGACCACAAUUUUGCUCAGCCUUAAUACAGGGCACUACAGCUCCAUCCUCUGGCCACUGCAAAUCUUAUUCAGCAAUUCUCUGGCUUUUGAAGUAUUUUCCAACUACUUUCAACCAUGCCUCAAAAAUAAAAAGAAACCUAUUAAAAGCAAUUGGCUGGCUGUUAUGGAAAACAGGAUGCUGGACUAGAAAGACUUUGAUCUGAUCUAGAAAAACAGUUCCUAAUGGCUUCAAGUUCCUUCCUUACAGUUGCUUGCCUCUGUCCGUGACUGACAGAAACUGUAUUAUUCAAAUAGGAAAAUGUUUUGCAAAAUAAACACUUUGCAAAAGAAAGAAAGAAAGAAAGAGGAAGGAAGGAAGGAAGGAAGGAAGGAAGGAAGGAAGGAAGGAAGGAAGGAAGGAAGGAAACUUUGCACAUUAGCAAUCAAAAGGGCUAGAAACCUGCUUGUGGAAAAGAAAAGAAAUAAAGCUGUGAUUCUUUGGAAUCUAAAUACAGUAACCUCUACCACAUCUGCAGUGUUUUUCUGGAAUUGCAGCAUGCACACACACACACACACACACACACUUUACAAUCUGGAACUGAAAAGUUUGGCUGCUACUGAAUUUGGACGUGUUUAGCAAAUGAACACAUCCUUUCCCCAAUCCUUUCCCGACCUGAAGGAAGGGUUGCACUGCCAUGUUAUAACGUGAAUGCUUUUGCCCUCUUAACAACUGUUCUGUAUGGUAGCAGAGGUCCCAUUCCCGCUCAGCCAUUGGUCAUGUGCAUCUCUGAGACUGCAUCAGUUUGCAUGAACAUGAUAAUGACGAUUUACGGGACCAUCUAAGUUUGUUGCUGGUGUUGUUGUUUAAGCUGGCAUAUUUAUAGGAGCUAUCGCUGGAAUUUUAAAGCAACACUUCUCCAUGCUAUGCGUGCCGUUUCAACCACAUUCUGAAGAUGACUGAAUGACCAUAGCUCAGUAGCACAACAUCUCCUUUGCAUAUAGGAGGGAGGGCUGGGAGGGCUGCCUCUCUGAAAUCCUGGAGAGCCACUGCCAGCCUGUGUAGACAGUAUGGAGCUAGAUGGCCUGAUUCCAGCAGAGCAGGAGACUCUUAAUCUCAGGGUUGUGGGUUCAAGCCCCAUGUUGGGCAAAAGAUUCCUGAAUUGUAGCUGGUUGGACUAGCUAACCCUUGUGGUCUCUUCCAGCUCUACAAUUCUAUGGUUCUAGUUUCCUAUGUCCCUGUGUCAGCAGCUUGCCAGUGUAAGAGAGAGUUUUAACGGAGACCUGUGGGAGCUGCUGAGCUUCACACACACACACACACACACACACACACACACACAGGAUACAGGAUUGAGUCACCAGAUAUUAAAGUCACUUACUCCUCUAGCCUGGUUGAUGGUUCAACAUAUCUCCCUCUUCACAGAUCCAGCUGUUCCCUUUGUUCCGACAUUCCCAGAAGAUGAGUUCAUUGUCAUCACCGAAGAAGAAGAGUCCUCCACCAUCCCUUGCCGGACAAGUGACCCCAACGCCCAAGUAACUUUGAUGACCACUGAAGGGAAAAUCGUGUAUGCCUUUUAUGACAACAGGCAGGGCUUCAUCGGAAACUUCUCUGCAGGCUCCUAUCUGUGCAAGACCACCGUUAAGGGAAAGGAGUUCCGGUCCGGUGAAUUUGUCAUCUAUAUUUACAAAGGUAUUUCUUUUCAACUUUUCUCUGUGUAAGGGACAAAUGAGUUUUUCACUCACGCCCUUGAAGCAUGAGUGAAAAACUCAUUUGUUCUUUCCAUAGAUCGCUGCAAUGCAUUAUAUGUGGGGCUGCCUCUAAAGAUGUGGGAUGUAAUCCACUGAGAGCAGUCAAACACAACAUUCCUUGUUUUCCUAGAGAAGACAUGCAGGGGAAUGUUUGGUCCAGCCAGUCAAAAACUUCCUGUUUCCUUUUGGCUGGAACAUCCUUCCUUUGCAUGUGACUAGAGGUGGGCGUGACCUUACCUGUCCAGGUAACAAAAGGACAAGGCAUGCUGCCACACUCUCUCUUUUUCACUUCCUCCUUCGUUGAACCAGCUUCUUAGCUAGAAAUGGGAUAUUGGGACCAAGUCUCCCAUAUGGAGUAGAUCCACAUGUAUCUAUUUGUAACUAAGUCUGCCUUCAGGGAUCCAACUGUGAACUGAUGUGAGUAAACAACUUUUAUCAACUUUAAAUAAGAUUGUCAUGUGUUUAUUCUUUUAUAAAAGGGGACUUACCAGGAACAUACAAUUCAAUACUGAAUUGUAUGGUAGUGAGAGGCUUACACAAGCCUGCAGCCAGCUAUCUGCUGUGCAUUUAAAAGGGGAAUGUAAAACUCUGCCAAGUUAUAGAACCUGCUAACACUAGCUAGGAAGGAUAUUAAUAAACAAUAUAUCCUCUCCUGCCUCCUUGAACAACCCCCUAAAAGAUAGUUCAGAAACUUCAGCUUUUGCAGAAUUCAGUGGCCAGGUUGCUCACUGGGACAAGACUGUUUGGGCACACAAGGCCAAUCCUACUGGAGUUGCCAAUUAGUUUCUAGGCCCAAUGCAAAGUGCUGUUUUUGACCUAUAAAUCCUUAAACGGCUCAGGACCACAAUACCUCAAGGACCGCCUUUCCCCUGGAAAGGCCUGGAAACGAUGCCUUAUGAGGAACGGCUAAGAGAGCUGGGCAUGUUUAGCCUGGAGAAGAGGAGGUUAAGGGGUGAUAUGAUAGCCAUGUUCAAAUAUAUAAAAGGAUGUCACAUAGAGGAGGGAGAAAGGUUGUUUUCUGCUGCUCCAGAGAAGCGGACACGGAGCAAUGGAUCCAAACUACAAGAAAGAAGAUUCCACCUAAACAUUAGGAAGAACUUCCUGACAGUAAGAGCUGUUCGACAGUGGAAUUUGCUGCCAAGGAGUGUGGUGGAGUCUCCUUCUUUGGAGGUCUUUAAGCAGAGGCUUGACAACCAUAUGUCAGGAGUGCUCUGAUGGUGUUUCCUGCUUGGCAGGGGGUUGGACUCGAUGGCCCUUGUGGUCUCUUCCAACUCUAUGAUUCUAUGAUUCUAUGAUUCUAUGAUUCUAUGAUUCCCCAUACGAACUGACCUGGACCCCACCACACCCCCUGGUCUCUGAGCUUCUCCCCACCCCCUGCCCCAAGAGAGGUGUCUCUUCAUGCUGCCCCACAGGGGCCUGGAAAGAUGAUGCCCCCAGACUUAGUGGUCCGACAGAGACCGACCAAAGGUGAAUGUGAGGCCAGCAAAUUACCUCACCUCGGGAGGCAGCAGUGACAGCAGCGGGCGCUGCUGGGCCUGCGUGGUGGAAAGGCUCUCCUUCAGUGCUGGACACUCAGCUCCCAGGCAGGUACUUAGCUCCCAGCAAGCACAAGAAAGGCCAGCACAACGCCUGCCUGCCUGCUCAGCCUCCUGGUUUUCUGUCCAUUCCCAACAGCAAAGGCUGGUGCACUGGCUGGCUGGCUGGGCUCCCUCACCCACUUGCCUGUUUACUCCGAGGCCACCUCAGUUCCUGGCAACCAGAACCCCCUGGCCAACCCCAGAGGCACUAUUCGCCUUGGGAGCUUGUAGCCAGGGCUGCUGCAGCAAGCAGCCACACAAAUCUUUGGAAGGCAGAGAUGUGAGAAGGUAUCACAGGAGGAAGGGAAGGAAAAAGGAACAGAGGGCAGUGUUGCUCACAGCACCCCUGAGUAUCAUUCAAGCCACCCCAGGGUGCCACGGCACACUGGUUGAAAGCCACUGCCUUACAUUAUGGAACACCUGACAAUAAUCAUGUCAAUUGUUGAAUGCUGGUUUCUGAAAGCACCGUGGUUUAUUUUAACAGACUUAUCCCUUUGCCUUAGUGCAAAGGUCCCCCUCAACAGUUACUCAGAGCAAAUUGUUCAAAAGAACCUCUGUGAUGUGCAAAAUAUUUCUUAAAUGUGCUAAUUCUCUUUUACUCUUCCAGCUACAUCAUAUCUUCAUGUUGAGAUCGAAUCCCCCAAGACCGUGUAUAAGACAGGAGAAACCAUUGUUGUAACGUGUGUGGUCUUGGAUAACGAAGUCGUGAACUUACAGUGGAAUUAUCCAGGGAAAGUGGUAAAUAUCUCUCCCCCCCUCCCCAAAUACUUGUUGUUGAAUAAGUGACCGAAGAAGACUGUGGGUGGGGUUGUAGGGGGAUUUUUUUUCUCGUAAAAAAUAAAAAUAACAAAUAGAAUAAAGACAGAUGAGAGAGCGUUUUCUUGUUGCGUUAGCUGGGUAUCAUGAACCAAGACUUUAUUGUUAGUAAACGUGCAGAACUUUACAAGAUGUUAAGAGGAGAUGAGUAACAUAUGAGGUUGACAGGAAGUGGGACAGUGGUUAUAAAGUAAUAACACUCCCCUCAAACCUGGAAAACAUAAUAGAACAAAAAAUGGAGUGUUUCUGGAGCUGCCCACAUGUUACACUCCUAUAGAUGUGAGAAUAUGACUCUCUACAAAUGACUUCAAGUCAUAAUCAGAUGGGCUGAUUCUUCUCUGAAGCAUAGCACACCAGAGUUAACUGGGAGCUAGUGCACCAGAGGAGCUUAAAGUGCUGGAUUGGGACUAAUCCUGCUUCAGAAAGUUAUUGCAGAGAUAAAAAGGAGGAGUGGAAGAGUGGAUAAUUAAUCACAAUGGGCUGGAGCCAGACGAGGGUAGUCACACUAAGGUCCCAUUGAUAUCAAUGUGAACAGUCAGUCAUGACUACCUGAAGUCCCAUUGAUUUUGAUGGGAAGCAGGUGGAUCCAACUUAGUGUUCAGCUACCUCAGCAGAAAGACAAGAGAAGAAUAAAUCUCAUAAAUUGUCAUAUUGGGCCAAAGUGAACUGAGAAUAGAUCCCAUGCAUAGAUUUAUGAUAGUGUAUUCCUAGUCCCAUUCAUUCUGAUUCUGCUGCUAAGAUUUUACUUUUCUCCAUGUCCAUAAUGUGCCAUGUGAUUAAGUAGAUAAAUGAGCAAUACCAUAAAUAGGAUUUCGGUUUUUUAAAAAAUGUCAUUCUUGGCAUCUAUCAAACCCACCAAAUGGCCUGUUUUAACCUGGGCAUCACGGAUUACAGAAGCCAAUCCUGGCAUCUGUUUUGAUUCCCGGAUGUCCCUUUUUCGGUCUGGCGUUCUCGCGAUUUCAGAAAAUAAAAAGUUGGACAGUGUGCUUCUACUUAACAUCAAUAAAGAAAAAGUCUUUAUUUUUGUGGAGGCCCCAAUUUUGUUAGUUUCCAUAUUCAUCAAGAGCUCUAGCUAUUCCCACUGCUUUCAGUUUUUUCACCACCUUUGAGGAAGGCUGUGCUGUGGUUUGAUCUAUUAGAUCAAAGAAUCCUUCCUUUGACAAUUGCCUAAAUCACAGAAACUGAGUUGUUUGGGAUGGGGUUUUUUGGAGGGUUUUUUGUGGUAGGGGAGGUGUUAUGAAUUAAUUUUGCUUUCUGAAAACCUGAAUAAGUAAUUGGAACAAAAAUCAGUAGCAUUGCCACUCAAAUGGAAAUAAAUUACUGUGAUCCCAGUUUGCUGACUUCCUUUUCAACCUCAUUAGCAUUCAGCACUGUGGACAUGUUGUGGAUUUUCAAAUGUACUAAUUCUAGGUUUGGGCCCAAUUUUUUAAUAUUCACAGUAUAAAAAAUGAUUUGUAAGUGAAUUCCUUUGGCUGUUAUAGAGAGAGUGUAUGACUGCAGUCUUCAGCAUUCUCAAUAGGUUAUGCUCAGGGUCACUUGAUUGAAUAUUCACACAACCACUGUGCUCCAGACAGGGCCCAUAUGUGCAUAUAAGCUGUCAUUAGUAUAUCCUUAGCUAGAUGAUGAAUUUCACAGGCAAGCAAGGUAUUGUGCGCACGGUUAUUCCCAAUCUGCAAAGAAGAGGUGUAUAUGCCUCCUGUGAUACAGAUAUGGAGCCACCACCAAAAGUGCCCUGUCUACUAGUGAAAAAGUCUUUGACUCUUUGUCCAUUUGACCUUGAGAUGAAGAUGGGAUCCACUAUAGGGCUUUCUCUGAGAGUCUUUGUGAAACCUGGAAACUGAUAAUGGAUCUUAAGGGUGCCAAGUUGUUUUCUGUAGCCAUGUUGUUUGACCAAGUUUUCUGAUACUUUAACUAUGCAGAAGAACAAAGGUACAGUUUCACUUGAUGACAUCAAAAUUCCAACCCAGAAGCUGGUUUACAACCUGACCAUUCCAGAUGCUUCAGUUAAGGACAGUGGAGAUUAUGAAUGUGCUGCUCUUCAUGUGACCAAAGAUUUUAAGAAAACAAAAAGAGUCGCGAUCACAGUUCAUGGUACAGUCUGUUUCUAGUUUCCUUUGUUGUUCUCAAUUGAGCAUCCUGACUAUCAUUGAGAGAUACUCAUGGAAACCUUUGUCCUCCUACAGAUAAAGGGUUCAUUCAUCUGGAACCCCAUUUUAACCCCAUGGAAGCUGUCAAUCUUCAUGAAGUUAAAAAAUUUGUAGUUGAUGUGCAUGCAUACCCAGAGCCAAAAAUGUUUUGGCUGAAGGACAAUGUGACUCUGAUGGAAAAUCUCACGGAGAUUGUCACUAAGUCCAAGCAGAUCCAGGAGACGAGGUAAAGAAAAUGCUUGCCAAGGAAUUUGUAGGUUUUAGUUGUCCAGUUCUCCAUUUGCAAACCAGAGUAUCUCCUUGGAAACAGAUUGAUCUCUCGUCUAGAGAAUCUGCAGCCUGUUCUGUAUCUCUAUGAAAAUUCCACUUGGCAGAUUCUUGGUUCUCCAAUUCCUCUACUAUUCCUAUCUUUGCGCAUUUUUCAAACCUUUAUUUGGCUUCAUACAGGUUUUAAGAAUUAUUACUUGCUUCUCCUUCUGAUUUAUUAUACGAUGUGCAGGAUGAUUCUAUGCAUGUUUACUCAGACAUAUCUUCAGGUGACUUCAAUAGGGUUUACUCCUAGGGUUGCAUGCUUACAGUUUGUUGUGUCCUUGUCUACUCAAAAGCCAAGUCUCCUUGGGUUGCAUCCAACAAUGUCACUCAGCUGACAGUAUGGGUGAAUGUAUCAUCAUAUCUGCUCCGGAGACUCUCCCACCCCUCCAAGGGACUGCAUGGGGAGGGGGAAAUUGCUUACUUCCCUAUUCCAUUGUCUGAAUCCUUACUGUCAGCUUUUGCAACUCUGUUGUAUACAACCCACUAAGUGCACUGGGCUUACUCUCAGGUAGGUAUAAUAAAAUAAGGCUACAAUUCUAUGCAUAGAACCAGGCUGUUAGAGAAAUAGGGUGUGAUUCAGAGAAAUUUGAAGAUUACCAUGUAAAGUGUAGCAUACAUUUCCCCCCCUCCCAUAGUACAUUCGUUUUAUCUACUUAAGUUUUACUGAAGUAAAGUAUAUUAUUUAACACGGUAGAUUGCCUUACAUUAAACAUUGGUUUAAAGCAUUUAUCUCAUUCUGAAAGAGAUAAUAUUUCAUACAUUUUUUCAGUCCUCCCUCCAAAAAGCCCGCAGAAGAAAAUGGAAUCCCCCCCGCUGUUAAAUUUUACUAUACCCCUCGCAAGGCCUUCACUUCACUAAUCAGAUCACCUCAUAAAUGUAAAUGUUCUGGUUUUUGUUUUGUUUAUUUGUUGCUUCAGAGCAUUACACACACACACACACACACACACACACACACACACCAUAGCUGUCAACGUUUCCCUUUUUAAAAGGGAAAUUCCCUUAUUCCGAAUAGGAUUCCUCGCAAGAAAAGGGAAAAGUUGACAGCUAUCACACACACACACCUUCUCAGGCAAGCAAAAAGGGGACAGAACUAUCCUUGCAUUGAUAAUGUGUGAAAUUAACACAGGCCAAAUUUAGUCUGAUCCAUUUGUCCUUACCAUAUACUAAGCCUGUCUUUUACACACAGAGAUUGAUUUCCAACAAAGCUAUCAGUUUGCUUUGCUUAUAUUUGUACUGUUCCUCUUGUGGGAAAUGAUCACAAUGUUCUCUUUCAACAGGUACGAGAGCAUGUUAAAAUUAAUCCGUGCCAAGGAAGAAGACAGUGGAUAUUAUACUUUUGUAGCACAGAAUGAAGAUGAAACUCAAAGAUAUAUUUUCUCCCUGCUCAUACAAGGUAAACCUGUAAAAUGGGUAAGAUCAGUAUAAAACUAGAGGAGUUGGGUAGAUGUGGAAGUGACACUACAGAGACUGAUCCAUAGGCCAACAAGCAAAUAUGAACUACUGAGGGUUUAGUAGAAAGUUUAGAAAGCUAGAAAAACUAAACUUGGAAAUGCGGGUGAGGGGAAUCCAGGAAUCAGCUGUGAAGCUUGCUGGGUAACUGUGGGCUAGUUGUUUCUCAGCCUAAUCUUCCUCAUGAUGUUGUUGUGAUGAUAAAAUGGCAGGAGGAACAUGUGUGCUCUGCAGAUGAGGAGGAAUUUGAACUGUGCUCUCCCAGUUGUUUAACCACAUUGACUUUCAGGGAGAUUUAGGUAGCCUAAGGCCUGGUGUACACAGACAAAAACAGAUGAGAGGAUAAGAUUGUUCCUAGCUUGAACCAUUCAGACUGCAGGUGGUAGUGCAAGUUGAGACACACACACAUCUGGAAAAUAAUCACGGCACACAGAAAUCAAGCAUGGUGGGGGAAAGGCAAAACUGCAGUUAUUCCCCCGGGGGUGGGGUGAGAUUCAGUCAUGUGAUUCCCACCCAUCUAUCUGAAUUGAUGCGGCCCAAAAACAGUUUGGCCACCUCAUUUGCUGUUUGUGUAGGUCACAUUUGGGAACCUGUGGCUAUCUACUAUGGUCAAUGGCCAGGGGUGGUGGGUGCUGUAGCAACUGGAGAGUCAGAGUUUCCUAAGCCCUGGUGUAGACCAAGCCUAAAUGUUUAAGAAUGCAGCCUAGAUGGCUAGAACCAGGUUACUUCUUCCAUGUGACCCCGGCCAUAUUAUUUGUACAUCGAGUUCUUGCUCCUAGAAGGAAAAUUCUCUUGCCAUUUGUGUAUCCAGCAUUUGCAAGAAACAACAUAUGGUACGAAUAAUACUUCUGAAAAUAGGAGUCAAUAAUAAGGCAAAUUAUCUAGGAACAAACUCGCUUGCUUGCCGCUGUCCAUGGAAGAUACUUUGGAGAUUAGUUCAGCCCCAGAUGCCGACAAACUUAAACAUCUGCUGUGCCUGGCUGAGAGUCAGAAAUGGUCCCUUCCACAUGGAUUUGAUUUGGAGAGAGGAAGGGGUACAUAAAAGGGAUGAGGAAUCACAGCACAAAAUGUGCAUUUAGUGUAGAACUUAUCAUGGCGACCAUUGCUCAGAGGUGUUUUGAAAGAAGAGUUUUGGAAAGAGUUCAUACAGAUGUCUACUCCACCCACCCCCAUCUAUCAAUCACUUAUCCUAAUUUAUGCACCGUACUUGUGUGUAACUUUUCUCCUGAGCUGUUUACAUAUGAUUCCCAAGCAGCCCCUUAUCCAGAUCUGCUUAGCUGUAGCAGCAGAAUGGCUGUCAUGUCAUCUGCCUUUAAAGCAUUCUCUCAUAGCUGGGACAGUAGCUCUGAGUUAGAGAACAUGCUUUGCUUGCAAAAGGUCUCAAGGACAAUCCCUGACACUUACAUAUAAAAGGAUCAGGUAGCAGGUGACGUCUAAGACCUCUGCCUGGAACCUUGGAGAGCCACUAAAAGUCAGCGUGGACAAUACUGAGCCAGAUGGAAUCAGUCUUCAUAGGAAGGCCAUGUCUCCUACUUUGCAGAGGACAGUCCUCUAUUGGAAGGGCUUCUAAGAACCGUAAGAAGGGAGAGUAGGGACCUUGGUGUUGCUUGUCAGUAGCGUGUGGACAGUAGACUGAGCAGGCACACCAAUUCCUUGGUCACUGUCUUCCCCACUAUGGUGAAGACACAGUGUAUUUCUGUUUUAGUUAAUUAUUUCUAAAUUUGCAUACAUCAAUACAUAUAAAUCAGCAUAUCCACAUCUUAUCCAAAACACGUGGUUGGCAAAAGAUGAAUGAUCCAAGUAACAGUCAAAGCAGGGCUUAAAUUAGUCAAUCAAUCAACUCAAGCUUCAAUUGAUUAAUCAGUGAGAGUCAACUUCCUAAGUGCAAGCCAUUUUGGUCUCUGGGAUGAUGAACUAAGGGCAUGCUACUGUUGGGCUUUUAAAGGCUGUUUGGGUUGUGAUAUGCUGCUGUAACAGAAUGAAAAAUUAUCUUGGAAAUAAUCUAAAAAUGCUUCAGCCCAUUGACAGCCUUAACUCAAAGAGGAGUUCUGAAAUGAGCAAAUGAAGAGUUCAUUCUUCUCUUGACCGUGCACCCCCAGCUUGCUGUGUAGCUGCCUUGUUGUGCCUGGAUUCCUUUAUUCCACAUCCCAAAAGUACUGCCAUAUGUUCUUCUCUUGAAGCCAGGACCCUGCUAAGGCCCUACAGGAUAUGAGUCCCGAUUAAAGCCAGUGAACUAGUAAUUCCCACUGAAGACUAACCUUCCGUCUGAUCCUAUGCAUGUUUAUUCACUUGAGUUAAUUGGGACUUUCCUCAAGAAAGUGUGCAAGGUUUUGCCGUAGAACGAUCCAAUACUAUCCAUCUUUACUCAGAAAUAAGUCAUACUGCAUUCAGUGGAACUUACUCCAAGGAAAGUGUUCUUAGGAUUGCAGCUAACAGCCUAAUCUUACCUAUGUUUAGUAAAAGUAAGUCCCACUGAGUUGGAUGGUGCUUGCUUCCAGUAAGUAAGUACAGGUAAUCUAGAUACAGGAGGGGAUCAUGUGUUAGUGAAAACAAGCAAAGAACUCCAGAAAGUCUGAAUCUAGAUUUCCCCAAGGAAUGACUGAGUUUGCCAGGCAGAUAGGAGUUCAAAACUAUGCUUCUGCCGCUUCUUUUCAAUAAACAGAAUUUCUUCAGUGCUGUAAGGAUCUGACACGCUCCUCCCAAAUUAUUCCUUUUCAGUUCCAGCUUUAAUUCGAGAUCUGGUGGAUAGUCAUCACGACUCUGCGGGGCAAACGGUGACAUGCUUGGCAGAAGGGACACCACUCCCUGAUGUGGAAUGGCUGGUUUGCAAGGACAUUAAAAAGUAAGGAAAGUUGAUUCUGACCGUCUUAGAAUAUCAUCCGUGUAAUUAUAAAUGGAUAACAUGAUUAUAGAUCAAUAAGCUUAUAAAUUCUUUAUAAUACAUAGGGACUUGCAUUUUUGGAGAUGGAGGGGAUAUUAUUUCAGGUAAUAAUAAACCGCUGCAAGUUACUGUAUAUUGCUGGUCUUCUGAGUGGGGAGAUGUGAUGUUAAAUGACUUCAAUGUGUCUUUUUAUUAUUAUUUGGGGGAGAAACCACAACAAUCAUGUGACUACCCAACGAUGACUGGAUCUCAACAUAUGGGCAGGGAGGGGAUCCCAGCAAAAUUACCCCCAGCUGCUGUUUCCUUUGGGAGGGAAGCUGCCAGCUUCUACUGCAGUAUGAUUCAUAACUAGCACCCAGGUGUAAAGAUUCCUAAUAAUCUGGUCAUAUCCAUUGUAUGUCGUCAAUAUUUUCUAAGCUGCUUUGUAGCCACUGGUUAUCAUCACUGGGCACGACCUUUUCUUGAGCCUGAAUCCUCAUUUGUUUGCCCUGAGCAUCAUGUUUGUUUAAUGAGCAUUCAUUCUCAUUCCUUUGUGGGGAGUUUAAAUGAUGUUGCAUAGUUCAUCUUCCAGUGCAUUUUUGCAUGUUGGGGUCGUGGGAAGUGGGUUCGUUGCGCAAGACCUUCCAUCCAACUGAAUUUGAUGGUUUAUGAUUGAAGUCUAUCUGAACAUGGCAACAGCCUGGAAUUGCCCAGUGAAGUUUCCAAGGUGGUACCUGUAAUCAGCAUGAAAAGCUUGCGAAUUCUUCAAGGAAAGAUUUUCUUGUGCUACAAGACAGACAAAUAAAUGGGGGAAAGUACAUCUGUCACCUCCGCUUUCAAUUCAUAGAGUCUUUUUUACAGUUCGUUUACACAUAGUGAGAGACACUUUUGUCAUAGACGUCUUGCAGUGGAAGGAAAAGAGGGGAGAGAGGGAGAGAGACGGGGUGCCCUUCUUCUGUUCUGUUUCAAAGUGUUAGCGUAGGAAUUUGUGUUGGCAUCACAUGGGCAUGCUGUGUGUGGAGAGAGAGAGAGAGAGAGAGAGAGAGAGAGAGAUUGCAAGAGGUUAUGGGAUCGGAAGCUUGGUUGGUUGUGUCCAGUUGACAUUUCUAAGACAAUGUGUCUUUAUACAAGGGGUUCAUUUCACCACAUCCCUGAUAAUUGGUCAUGCUGGCUAGGGCUGAUGUGAGAUCAAGUCCAAAACAACACACUGGCUACCCACUGAUGUAUGUAUAUAAAGUUGUUUGCUCAUUGAGCAAUUCUCAAUAAAAGGGAAGUGUUUGGCAAUCUUCAUUUAUAUCUAUACUUCUCUUCAGGUGCAGUAAUGACACCUCGUGGACCUUCCUGACAAACAAUAUCUCUGAUAUCACCAUGGAGACUCAUCUUGAUCAGAAAAACAUGGUAGAAAGCCAGGUGACCUUUCGGAAGGUGGAAGAAACACUGGCUGUUCGCUGUAUGGCGAGGAAUGACCUCGGCACUGUGUCACGGGAACUGAAGCUUGUGGCUCCCAGUGAGUAAACAUUGUAUAUGGUUGGCACAGCUGCUGUUGGCUCCAUCUCCUUAAAAGGGACCCAAGGAGUCAUGAAACAAUUUAUGCUGUGUGGAUGUGAUCUCAGACCUUUUAACAUGGUGGUGCCCUCAGGGCAGCACUUUAGGUCAGAAGUCCAGGGCUCCACUCUGCUAUGAGCAGGAAGCUCCUCAAAUGCAGUGAGGUCGGCUUCACACUUUUUAAAGUAAGUGAAUGGAUACACAUUGCCAUCUAAAAGACCACAUGAUAGGACGAUUAAGUCCAGAGUGUAAAAUUACCUAGCUGCACCACUGUUUUAACAACCAGAUAAUAUUGAAAACCACAGACAUGCAUGAUUUACUGCAUCUUUUGCAUUUACCAUACCAUCCUGGUGCCUCCAAUCUAUAUUCUGAUAGCUUGGGCAAGAUAUGCAAUAUUGUUUGUCUGGUGUGAAGCUGUUUAGAAAUAUUUUCCAUUUUGCCAUACCCGAGAUCACAGAAGCCACUCCAAAUAAUUCCCCUUAGUUAUUUGCAUUUUUGCGCUCAAGGGCCUCCAAGCGACUAGCACAGUAAAAAUAAAACAAAAGGGCAUUAAAAUCAGGUAAAAGCAGCAAUGAACAAAAAAUUAAAAUACUCAUAUGACAAUAUAUUUCAAAGGAAGAAGUCCUACCCAUUUAAAGAACAUGCCUAUUCAGUAUAUGUAAGUAUAAUGUUAUGUAUAUUAAUAUCCUGAGUGGGACGAACCUGUAUUUGCUUAAAUAAUUCUUAGAAUAUUGAAAACAGGAGUUGAUGGAGAGUUGUGUGAAAUAUGGAGCUUUCUCUUCUCCAACACACUUAUGCCUCCCUCCAGCUUAACUAUAGCUGAACCCACAAAGAAAGGGUGUGUGAGAAGAAUUUACAGAGGAAAUAGUGGUAUCAUAUGGAUCUUUAAUCUCAAGGAAGACAGGAAACAGCAACUGGUAAUUAAAAGAUGGAUGCAUACAAAUCAAAAGGAGGGCAUAAUUCAGCUAGAGUUAAGGAGUUUUAAUUUCCUUUUAUUUCAGUGGGAAAGACUUAAGGCAUGCACAAAACUGAUUUAUCAGAAGUCCAUUGAGUUGAAAGGGAUUUACUUUGAGAUAACUGUGUAUAAGGAAAUCCCAUUGAACACAGCUGGACUUACUUUUGAGUAAGCAUGCGUAGGGUUGCACUUCACUGCUCAUGCUUAAUUCUAUGGAAUUUUCUGCCUGUUAUGCCAAAAUAACCAGGCCAGACUUGGAUACUACACACCUUGAAUGAGGAAGAAGCACAAUUUACUGUACUGUCCCAGGCCAGCCUGGGAUCAUGGCCACCGUGACUGCUUUUGAAAGUGAACUCCUACCGGUGAGAGAGAAAAAACCUGAACUAUACAUUUCCUUUCUCCUACAGCUUUACGAUCAGAAUUGACGGUGGCUGCUGCAGUCCUAGUGUUGCUCGUAAUUGUAAUAAUUUCGCUGAUUGUCCUGGUAAUCAUAUGGAAGCAGGUAAUGUAGAAACACACUUCUUUAAAACUGUCUCCAUUCACGUGUUCAGUAGGGAUGAGUUUAACAUGCUCCGUUCCAUUCCUUGUGCGCUGCAGAAACCAAGAUAUGAAAUAAGAUGGAGAGUCAUCGAGUCCAUCAGCCCGGAUGGACAUGAAUACAUUUAUGUGGACCCUAUGCAGCUGCCAUAUGACUCAAGAUGGGAAUUUCCACGAGAUGGAUUAGUACUAGGUAAGAGCCUCUUGAUGCUACAGAGAUAGCAGCAUUCAUUUCAUGUAGAAUGUUAGUAUCAUUGUUAGCAAUGUUGCAUAACCAUUGAGAAAGGAAAUGCUUUGACUGUGCGGCUAAUAGCAAGCUCCUUCUCUGCAUGCAAAUCCUUAAUGUAGCCAAAAUGGCACCAUCCAUGUGCAAGAGGGAGCUAUCAGCAGGCUUGGGAGAGCCCCAAGUUUGGCAGAAGUGCGGGAAGAAAACCCAGAUUUGUGGGGGAACCAAAAAAAAUGGCCCAGUGCAAAACUAAGGAUGUUCAGUGGCCACAGAAUACAGCUGACAGCUGAAGUGAGAACAGAAUGGCCUAUUCUGCAUAAGGGCACAGCUGGCUGGAACCCUGAACAGGAGCAGUCCACACUGCAGUGGACAUUUUGGGUGCUGUGAUCUUGCAUGCUGUCGGGCUGUGUCUAGUCGCCAAAAGGUGCUGGGGGGGGGGGCUAGAGUGUGACACAGGCAAUGCAACUUGUCUAGAAGUGUGUCCCCGAAGACAUGGGUCCCAGUUUCGGAUCCGCAAAAGUUGGACAGUAUGACAUGGUCAGUUACUGAAAAGUCACAACCAAUUGAUUUCUUUCAACCCUUUAACUUUGUUUCAACCUCUAAUUUGCUUACAGUGUGUUGUAUAUGCAGGCAUUGUGGGCCAAAGCCAGGCUGUAUGCAUGCAGUGCAGGCCUAGGCGGUCAGGUCUCCUGGAGCUCAGGAGCUUCAUCUGCAUAACAAAAGACAGAGAGGGUUCUAAAACCCAUCAAUGACAUUGUUAGUAGCUGGCAGGAGCCAACCCCUGCUGAGAUAGGGCCAGUGUUGUGAUUUGCUAAUUGCAGCAUUAAGGCGAUCUAUCACAGGUGGUGUGUGUGUUUUGCCUGGGUCAGCUUAAGGUAUAUAUACUGGGCCAAGUGCUCCUGUUUGUCAUUCUUGCUCCUGAUGUUCCAAUAAAUCCUUUCUGAGGAUCAUGGGUCAUGCUCAAACUAUUGAGGGUAGAGGAACACUCGUGGUUAAUUAUGAGUUAUGCAUAUGAAGAAGGUUGGUUUCAUCCUAGCCAGGCAUCACCAGAGGCCAGCCCUGGAACUGGCUUUCAGUGCUAGGAGUUCAGCCAUGGGACAUGCAAAACAGUGCCUGUCACCGUGUGCAGAGGGGUUUCACCUCAAAAAGAUAAACUGUGGUCUGCAGAGACAAGCUGUGGAUGGAAUCAUCUGAUUCCAGACAUUCAUGUUGUAAACACCUGGUAAACAAGUCUUUUAUCCAAAUGAAUGCGCAUGAGUGCAAACAGGAGACCUACUAAUAAAUCCCUGACAUCCAGGAAGUUCUCCCACCUACCCUACACAUACGGAGCAGAGGUGUGGGCAGAGCAGGAAGUUUUUCUCAUGUUGAAUAUAUAUACAGCCAUGACACUGAGUCGAGUGGGCACUGGAUGAUGACUAGAUUGAGCCACACCAGCAAAUGUUUAUGAGAGGCUGCAUCCUGCCAUGUGGUCCACAGACCUCGAGUCACAAAAGGCCUUUGGGGGUUUGGUGGAAGCUCAACAUGUUGGUGUGGGUUUGACAUGUUAUAGGAAGCUUUCUUCAUCCUGGAUAUAUCACAAGAAGCCAGAUCAAAGUUUUGUUGAACUGCGAGAACUUCCUUGUGGGAUUUUCAGAAAUGGACCUGACCAUGCUUGCACUUCAAUGGGGGAAAUAUUAGGUGAAGCUUCUCUCCAAAUCUUCUCUGAAUUUUCACACAGGUUCCAACGGUUGCAUUAAAAUCCCUGAAUUGUGACACAGGUUUGAAGAGCCUUGAGUAUACAUGCACACUGGACAGUUUUAAUAAUUCCCAUAAUCUCAUUUGGCCGUACAAGUCUGGGACUAGUGUUGAGACUGAUUAAAGUUUUCAUGGAACACAGAAAGCCAGAAGGGGAAAUGGGUUGCAGGUGGUAUAAUAAUUGAGAAGGACCACAACUUUUGCUAAGUGAGAGAGCCCCAAUCUGUCAGUCUGAAAAAGCUGUCCACCUAUUUUCAGAGGUUUCUCUGUAACCAUGAGGUGCAUAAACUUGCCCUUUUAAAUGAAACUGGAGGUGUUGAGGACCCUGUAGAAACUUCUAGGACAGAUCUUUCUUGCAAAUACAAAGUCUUACGAAAUCAGUUUAAACUUCUAUGUUUUCAGCCAGACUGAAUUGUCAGCUAACUGGAAUUUGUAGCUGUUCAGGGUGCUACCAUGUCUUUGUUAUAGACUGUUAGACUAAUCUCCUCAUUGAGGGAUCCCUGAUCUGCUUCAUUUCUUGGGACAUGUUUUGAAAACCACUGCUCUGAAGACUCAAAUGUAGCGCAGUUUAAGCAAAGCAUUCAAUGCCAUAUUGCUGGGAUGAGAUAAACCAAACUGCAUUUGACUGACCAAAGCUGUUUCCUUAUAAAUGAUUUACUCUAGAACAAUGCUAUUAAUGUCAAUGGAGUCGUCUUGGAAUCAUGAUGUUGUAAGGCUGUAGAAGAAAUGCGUUCAGUCUAAGAAAUGGGUGUCAGAACUCUGAUACAUGCUCAGAUUUCUCAUGUGAGUAGGUAUCUCCCAUUCAUUCAGUUGGAGGAACUGGCUCAUCAUGUGUUAAUGGGUUUUUAGAAAUCAGAUGGACAAAGGAACACAGGCCUCCCACUCUCAAAUGCAUGCCAGCAGCAGGAUCUCAAGAAUGCUAGAAGCUGUGAAAUAAGAUAUGAUAGGUUGCCUCUCAGUAAUUAGCAACACUCUGUUGUUUACAGGACGAAUCCUUGGCUCUGGAGCUUUUGGGAAAGUAGUUGAAGGAACUGCUUAUGGAUUAAGCCGGUCACAGCCUGUGAUGAAGGUGGCUGUGAAAAUGUUGAAGCGUAAGUGUUUCUUCAGGUUGUAAGUACUCCAAUCCAUCUCUCUGGCUCAUCUCAAAUCGUGAGAAUGGCUGAAUUAGAACUUAAAAGCAAAAUUAACGGGCAUGAUAUUUACCAUGACAGUUUUCCUUCUGGAUGCUUUUGAUUCCAUCAAGUUGUGUCUGCUUUUAUGCCUUUAUUGCCACUGUGCCCAUUCCGCUGCUUCAAUCUGUGGAGAUGGCACUGUGAAAUGUACCACAUUCCGUAGCUGUGAGAAAUUGAUAUUUUAGUGUGGUAGCACUUUGGAGCUCCCUUCCUAAUGACAUUUCAUUGUAUACUUUUUGGCACCUGCUUAAAACAUUUUUGUUUAGGGAAGCCUACCCAAACAUGCUCAUGUUGAUGUGCUUUAAUAUUUUAAACACUUGUAAUGGUUUUUUAAAAACUGUUUUAUUGAUAAUUUUAAUAUUUCUUGUAAAUGACGUGGACGUUUUACUACAAUCAAGUGUUGUGUAGACCUGGUUUAGGCCCGGUUCUGGCACAGAAACUGUUUUGGUCAGCCUGAAAGCAUCAUAUGAGACCCUUCUUUGAGUGGUCCCCUCCAUGAGAUGUCUGGAGGACAUGAGAACAGGCCUUUUCCUCAGUGGCUUCCCAGUUGCAGAAUGCUCUCCUCAGUGAGGCUCAGCUGGUGCCUUCAUUACAUAUCUUUUGGCACCAGGUGAUAACAUUACUCAGUAACCAGGCCUUGGGCUGAUUAAACAUUCCAUGACCAAAGAACCAGUUGCCCUCCAUCUGUUGUUGGAUUCCAACUCCCAUCAGGAACUAUGAGAUGUGCAGCAGAAUCUGAAGGACUGCUGGUUCCCUUGCCCUUGACAUAUUCUGCAAUACUUAGCAUGAUAAUGUUAUUCAUUGCUUCAAAGCAAUGCUUCAGUUCUGAGCUUAUUUGCUUGGAAUGGAAGUAGAUUCAAUUGAUUUCAACAGAACUAACCCCAAAGUGAAUGGGUAGAAUUCAAAGCACCCCCUGAGGCAUUUGUAAGAAAGUCAUGCGUGCUACUGGAGUGGGUGUCACUGUCUUGAAACUCCCAUAACAAGUGAUCAGAAGCUUCCCUUCACUGUGGGAGGCAAACUCAGUUAAGACUACAAAGCAUACUUCUGUCUUCAUGCACGACUUACUUAUACACACAUGCACAGUUCCUUUGGAACUUGUCCACGAUGCUUAGAAUCAUCAGAAGCUGUGAUCGUCAGAGACCAUAAUGCUAGAAGUUGCCGGUGAUAAAGCCAAUGGGUCUGCUUCAAAGGUAUGCCUUUAUAGGACCAGAAUACAAGCUACUACUCAUGGUGGCUGUAUGCCACCUUGACGAUCCCAGCAGUAAGUCUCCAGAUAUCAGAUUCUGGAGCUCAAGGACAGGAGAGUGCAGAGGUUUCACAAAGGCAUGUGGUUGACCAGGGGUGAAACUAAGCUUUAUUUCACCUGGGUCAAAGACCCAGUUGGGCAUCACCCUCACACACUUUUGUGUACACACACACAUACACACAGGAUGGGAACCUCAAUGGUGUCCCUCUGGAGGCUUCACCCGGGGCAAAAAAAACCCCUCCCCCCGUAGCUACAGUACUGUGAGAAACAGGAUCAUGGUCUAGAUAGGCCUUUAGUUUGAUCCAACAGAGCUCUUCUCAUGUUCUUAAGCCUUUUACUUAUUUACUAUUAACUUAAAGAAAUGUCAACUAACAUGUUUCACUAUCUGUGCCCACUUCUUGUGCAAGUGAAUCCUAUAAAUAAAUGGAAGGGUUUGUUGUGGGCUGCUGCUGUGCACUCUGGCUAAGGAAGACACAGGAGCUUUGAUAGAAACAAAAUUAAAUAAAAUUAGCGUUCAGUGCAAUUUUGAGUUUCUGUGCUGUUCCUCCCAACCCCAUAACAUUUUAACGAAACCCCGAUGUUGCAAUGUUUGACACGGGUAGUAGCAGAACAGAGAACAAUCUGUAACUUAAAAAAUGUGAAACUGGCAUAAAAUGGUGCCAAUUAAACCAAACCAGACUGAACCAAAGCAAGUUCAAAUUGGUUUAUCUUGAAAUUAGGCUCAUGUUAACAUAAGCUGAUUCAGAAAUUGACCCAGUUUGAUGAAUUAAAAAUGAAUCCUCAUCAUACAAGUGCACCAUUGUUUGUUUGUUAUACAAUACAUGCCUUCUAGUUGAGAAACCAAUCAUUUUAGGCUGCAACACUAUACUCAUUUACCUGAGAGUAAGUCUCAUUGAACUGAGUACAAGAUCCGUAGGUUCUACUGUCUAUGUAUAAUUAUUUUAUUUCCCGGCAGCUUUUACCCCUGACAAUACUUUUUCCUCACAAAAACCCGAUCAUAAGAUCAUAAUUAACAGCAUGUUACUGUAAUUAUGUAUUAUCUUAUCACUUUAUUAUCAUUUGUAUCUUAUCUGUUCAAUGCAAAUUCUAAUUAGCUGCUCUAUUCAUUUUUCCAAACAGCCACUGCGAGAUCCAGCGAAAAGCAGGCUCUUAUGUCUGAAUUAAAGAUAAUGACCCAUCUUGGUCCCCACUUGAACAUAGUGAACUUGUUAGGAGCUUGUACGAAGUCCGGUAGGUUUGGUUAAGAGUCUUCUUACACCAUUGAAAUAAGGAACUGAGCGGCUCCUUGAUGUUCUGUUUGCUUGAUCUCACUGACCUAGUAUUCAGACAGGGAGGCAGACUCCAUAAUUUGCCAGGUCAAAAGGUAGCUACUAGACUAGAUGGCUGCUGAGAGUCAUUCCACCAUAAUUGAUCUAUACUUAUUUGCCCACAUCGUAUAAACAUCUGCCUGCUGUAGCCAUCAUAGCAUCUAGGUUAUCAGGCCUACACAAUCUGUGACCCACCAAGCCAAACACAGAAUGUUUAGCCCUUGAUGGAAGCCCACCUGGACCUUAAAAACAGCAGGGUUCUUGUGCAUCUGGCGUGUCACAAUUUACAGCUGAUGGGCCAUGAAUUGCAAAGGCCUUAUUCAGAUUGUCAACACUUCAGGACAGGGUUUUAUAGGUGUCAAUGCAGGAAAGCUCAGACCAUAGCUGGGAAUUAAUUAAAAUGCAUUUCCUGGCUCCAGGAUUUGGAGGGUCCUCAGGCAAGGACCCUCAACAGCCUGCUUUAAUCUCAAAAGGUGAGGCAUGCAUCCCAGGAAUUCUCUCAGGCCAUCUCUGAGACAGUGGGAGAGUGAGUUUCUUGCUGAUUUUAGACCUCACCAACCUGUGGAGAUGACCCUGGCAAGAAGCUAAGCAUUUUGAUUCAUUUUUUUGCCCUUUUUAUCCCACCUCCAUCAGGUCCAAUUUACAUCAUAACAGAAUAUUGCUUUUAUGGAGACUUGGUGAACUACCUGCAUAAAAACAGGGACAACUAUCUGAAUCGACAUCCUGAAAAGCCCAAGAAGGACCUGGACAUCUUUGGGAUGAACUCAGCUGAUGAAAGUACUAGGAGGUAGGGUUUAUUUUUCAGGUCUGGAAAUGGUUCUUUCUUUGGGUAAGUUGCAUAGAAUUGGGAAGUGGGGCGCAGUAGGUCAUGUACCUUUUGUGAUGGCAAAAAAGUUGAAUCUGAUGUGAAAUUGGGGGGGGGGCAUUUUGCCAAAUAUUAAUGGGGGGGCAGUGAAAUUGUCCAGCAGUUGUUCUCAGAAUUCCCUCCCCCUGGAAAAUGUUGGUUUGUUUAAUGUUGAAUGAAACACUAUUGUGGGUUCAUGUUGGAGGAUGAAAUGGGCUGAGGAGAACUGGAAGGUAUAGACAUCGAACCCACUUAGUAUUCAACUAAAUUUUACUCAUAACAGACCUAUUGAAAUUAACUAAUAUGGCGAAUUGAGGUCAAUUAAUUUCAGUAGGUCUGCUCUGAGUAAAUACCAAUUUCCUGACAAGAGUAUUAAAGUAGAUCCACCUUUGCACUCAGAAUUCAUGGGUGGCAAAAUUUGCCUUUUCCACCAAAAGAAAGAAAGACUGAAAUUCUCCAACAAUUCAGGGGAAGCUCAAAAAAAACCAAAGAGUGCUAUUCAACUAAGAAGAGAACGGUUGAAAUUAAGGGACCUAACUUACUCGUGAAUUUCAGUGGGUCCACUCUGAUCAAAACUUAGUCGAAUACUACUGGGAAAGUUUUUAAAUUUGAUAGAAAUUUCUUUUCUGAGAAAUUUCAGGUCAUUCUUAAUUUUGAGGGAAAGGAUCAUAUUAUAGCUACUGUCGUACCUUGGAAGUUGAACGGAAUCCAUUCCGGAAGUCCAUUCGACUUCCAAAACCUAAGCGCAACUUCUGAUUGGCUGCAGGAAGCUCCUGCAGCCAAUUGGAAGCCCCGUAAGCCCUGUCGGACAUUCAGCUUUCCAAAGAACGUUCGAAAACCGGAACACUCACUUCCGGAUUUCGAUCGUUCGGGAGCCGAUUUGUUCGGGAGCCAAGGCAUUUGAGAUCCAAGGUACGACUGUAUAUCUACUCUGUUUUGUGAGUAGAGAUGAAUGUGGCACAAAUCCCCACCAUAAACUUAUUUCUCUUUGUUGCUGUUGCGCUUUCAUUCCAGCUAUGUAAUCCUAUCCUUUGAAAACAAUGGUGAAUAUAUGGAUAUGAAACAAGCAGAGACCAUGCAGUAUGUGCCGAUGCUAGAAAGGAAAGACAGAUCGAAAUAUUCUGACAUCCAAAGGUCAUUGUAUGAUAGGCCUGCUUCGUAUAAGAAAAAAUAUGUGUCGGGUAAGUUAAGGUGCAUUUUUAAUAUAAGGCUAAUAUUCUGCCUUAAUCCCAAGUAGUCAUGAAAGGCUUCCCAUGUGAUACACCACUUAUUUUUAUCUGCUUUUUCAGUGAGAUGCUGAGCUGAGUUUGAUUAUUUAAUGGUUUCCUGCUGCUAGUUUUUACAUUGUUUCCCUCUUCACUGAUUUUUUUAUGGGAGUGUGGAGCUAGUCCAUGCCAUAUUUUAGGCUGCUGAUUUAGUUCUAUUGUAAUGAGGUGUUUCUGUUUUUAUGCUUUUACUGUGUAUGUGAGCUCCCCUGGGGAAGCUUUGCCCUGAAAGACAGGACAGAGGGGCAGGGGGAGGAAAUAAAUAAAUAAAAAUAAAUACAUCCUCUUGAAGUAGAAUGCCCUUGUAAUGUUUCUGUGACAACUGCAUUUAGCCGGUACUGCUAUUUUAUUGAUUCCUCUUGCAUAAAAUUGUAGCUCACGUUUAUCUUGUUGCGAAAGGCGUCUUUAUUCAGACUUUGCUUUGGUUCCUCAAAACUGAAAACUUUGACACAGAAAAUAAAUCAUUAGAUUAUUAUUUCCAUUAUUCUAAAUAAGCAGAGUCCAAAAGUAAACUGAGUUGUUGUGGGUAGUGAUGGAGGAGAUAUUUGAUUUGGUUCACGUUGAAAGGUGGAUUUUGUACCCAGUAUAAAAUUACAAGUUCACAAGGUAAGAUAAAACAUGGGGGGAAAUUGUUAAGAUACACCCGUGUAAAAAAUAAAAAAAAUAAAAACCUUAUAAACGUUACAUGAUUGUUAUUGUAUUUUAACAAUAUUUUUUAUAAACACUGCAUUAGAUUAAGUUUAGGAUAAGUACAAUAACAAACACAGCCAACCUUCCAAAUUCACACUGAAUUUUGCAGUGCACUUCUCCCACCAAGUAAUGCAUGUACUGGGGUAAAAUGUGCAUAUAAAUGCAUAUAUUACUGAAAAUAACAUAAACAAUGCAUUAUGUUAUGGAGAACAGCUAUGCAAAAAUUAUGUAUAUUGGGCAAGAUUUCAUUAAAAAAUGUGAAUAUUGGGAUAAAUUUGCACUUAAAUGUUGAUGGAUUUUCAUGAGGCCCUUUGCAAAAAAGAAUCACAAACUGAUGUGGAAUUGAAAAAAUGAGAAAUCAAAAUUGAUAUAUUUGCCUGGCCCUAGUUGUGGGCCCCUUGGGACUCACACCCAGCAAUGCAACUCACCUUGCCAAAUAUACUUGAAAACCUGAAAGAAGAUAGGUUUUACAAGGAGAAGAAAACUUGAACUAUGGGUUUCUGCAAGUGGAAUCAAUGAAUGGGCCUAUAUCUAAGUUGUGGGAGUGGAUGACAGGGCAGCGCAGCAGGGCCUACUCGACCUCCAGUUGGUUAAGUUGCUAUUGCUUCCUUAAGAGGUAGAGGGAGGCAGUAGGUUCGCUGCACCUGUGUGCAAAAACAUUGGUGAAGAUCCCUAAAUAAAAACGCUGCAGGAAUUCAGAGAUCCUCUGAAAGUAGACUGCUCCUUUCACCUUGCCACCACCACGCAGCACCAUAAUGACCAUUCUUGCAGAUGUGAAGGAAGUUGGUCGGCGGAAUGGUACCAAAUUAUUAUUAUUAUAGCUAGUAAACAGCCAGUGUCAUACGUGGCACUUGUAGUAGCUUUGAUACCUUUCUGGAUUCAGCAGAAUUUUGAGCCAUUUGGCUGGGCUAUUUGUUAGGGAUUCAUUUCCAGCAGCCUCACUGCCCUCAUAUAGAACACUCCCAAAUGAUUUGUAGAGUAUUAAAUUGAGGGUUAGGAAAGGCCCAUAUGGCUAACUCAUCCCUUUUACUGUCCUUUGACUAAGAAAUCUGAUCUGCGGCAUUCAAAACAGGUUGGGUCACUCCUGGCUUGUGGUCUCAGAACCUGAAUCUUUUCCAGACCCAGGCUUAAGAGGCUAGUCAACUCUUGUAUUUCACUGAGCCAACAGGGUAAUUGAAUAGCUAGGUUUUAGACAGUUUGCUGCCAUCAUUUCCCAGGACAAAAAUAAGGAUAACUGCCCAUAGAAUCACUGGUCUUUGGAUGGCAUUGAAUGGUCCCCAUCAAAUAGUUAACCAAGGAACUUGAGAAUUCUGCAGGGCUAGAAGAGACAAAAAUGGAUAUAUAUAUAUAAAAAGUUGACAAGACUAUGCCAUCUCUAAAUCAUUGCUUUGGGUAUAAACCACAACUGGAAUAAAGUACAAAAACAAGCUGUAUAAUAUGUAGGUGGCACUUUUUUAAUCCUACAAUUUCUUGGAAAAAGUCUAUAAUCAGCGGAGAAAGGACAGCUAUAUUUGGUAUUUGUACCAUUUUUUUUACGGCAGUGUCUAUCGCUGAUUGAUGCAAAUGUACAAGUGAGCCACUUGUUUUGAAGAAAUGUUUUGGAAGGAGAUGUUGGAGUGCUGGUACCAGGGAAAGCGGAGAAGAAUGCCACUGGCUAUGUGUAGGAAGACAGCUAGAAAAUACACUAUCUGUUUAUUCUCUGAUGUCAGGGGUGGACAGUAUGAUGCCCUCCAGAUGUUGCUGGACUUCAGCUCCUAUCAUCCUUGACCACUGGCUGAUGGAAACUGUAGUUCAGCAAUAUCUGGAUGGCACUACAAUGGCUGCCCUUGCUCUGCAUAGUUUAAAAACAAACUUUUCCUCAGUUCAGGUGAGUUCCUUGCAAACAGAUAUGUUCUGGAAAGAUGAUGGACUGAAGCAGAUUGCCUGUUUGAUGUAUGCUUUCAAUGCACCUUCAUGUUUCAGAUGGUAUUUUCUUUUCAUCUUCCCUACUCAGAACUAGAUGUGAAGAACCUCCUCUCCGAUGACAAUUCAGAAGGCCUCACUUUGUUGGACCUGCUCAGCUUCACUUACCAAGUUGCACGGGGAAUGGAAUUCUUAGCUUCUAAAAAUGUAAGUGUCUAAAAGGAAACAGUGAAGGGAUUGCCUAGCUUUAAACGAUGUUUGUUUUGUUUGGGGAACUUUGAAAAUGUGUUUGAUAAAAGAGCAGCCUACAAAGUUUUAGGGUUUAGAGUUUUAGGGUUGCAAUACUGAAUGAAUCUAUCCCAGGGUAUCCCAAUUAAUCUUUUUUUCUUACACAUGCUUUCUGAAGUUCCUUCCAACAUGAAAUAUUACGUAUUCGUAUUCUAUGCCUACAUUCUACUCAUGUAAUUUAUGCAUCCCACAGUGUGUUCAUCGUGAUUUGGCAGCACGGAAUGUCCUUCUGGCUCAAGGAAAAAUUGUGAAGAUCUGUGACUUUGGUCUGGCUAGAGACAUCAUGCAUGAUUCAAACUAUGUGUCUAAAGGCAGUGUAUGUACCUUUACAUUUAUUACCUUAGACUACAUCAUUAGAAACCAUAAACUAAUGCAAGCAGUGCUUUGGGAUCUUGUGGUGUGUGUGUGUGUGUGUGUGUGUGUGUGUGUGUAAAAUGAAAUUAACUGACAUUCAGAUAACAAACACCCAUCCAGUGUCUCCAAUCAACCUAUUCAUGCCAAACACAACCAGCAUCAAAGCACUCUUUACACAUUACAGAACAGUUGAAUUUUGCUGCACAGAAUUCCCUUCCUUCUCUGCAGGCAAAUUAUAGUAAUGUAUGGUGUGUCUUGUCAGAGCUGCAAUUAGAAUGGGCAAGAUUUGCACAGGACUUCACAUUUACUAUAGCAUAAGAAGCAUAUAGAUUGAUGAUAUAUAUCUCUCCCCGCCCCCACUUACUUGCCCAUCUCAUACAAGUUUUCUCAAAACAAUUGGAGCAUUUUUCAGUAUUUGCAAAAAAAAAUUUAUCAAACCAGUUAUUCCUGGAUUAGUUUCUACUCAGAGUCAACAACAACAUUUGACUCAUUCAGUGGAAGUCAAUAGGUUGCAUUGGCCUCCAUAGUGACAAAAUGCCACGCAAGGCUCAUAAUCACACUAUUUUAAAUAAUAUUAUUGGAAAUUAUUUGAAUAAAACCAAAAUAUGGGAAAUUGUAUCACCUCUUCAGACAAUACUAUUGAUAUGUGGUACUGUAAACCAUUUUAAAGUCUCAGUUGUGUUUGGGUGGCCAGGGACAAUGUAGGAUGCAUUUUAAUAUCUCCAUGGAUUUUUUAAAUGUUGUCACCCAUCCCAAGCUUUUGAGAUAUGCUAAAAAUCAAAUUAAAAUAUAUUUAUUGGUGAACAUCUCCUUUUAUGAUUGUUUUAGUAACUACUCUUACUGAUUUUUUGUAUUUUUGCAGACUUUCCUUCCAGUGAAAUGGAUGGCACCUGAAAGCAUUUUUGACAACCUGUAUACAACAUUAAGUGAUGUCUGGUCUUAUGGCAUUCUGCUGUGGGAAAUAUUUUCUCUUGGUAGGCAUCCUCAUUACUUUGGAACAUAAAAGAAUGGAACUUCAAUGAAUAACUGGAGAUUUGCCAAUUGUGCUGUGUAGGCAUGUGGCUAGAGGCUGGUCGAACCCCUUCAAAAUGUUUAAAUCCAACGAGAAGACUGACUACAAAGAUACAUAUAGAAAAGCAGAAGGUCAUAUCCCUAAUGAGGCAGAAAGGAACACCAUGUUCUCCUGACUAGAUGAUACCUUGCAUAUCCUGAUUCUUAUCCAAACUACAAAUGAUAUAAUUCCCCCACUAGACAAUGUUUCUUCUAAGAGAUGUUUAAGGGCAGGUCUUGGCUUAAACCAAAUUUCACCAUAGGAGAAUAAUAGGUUUGGUGCCCCCAUUUGUUCAGUAUUGUUUUUUUAAUUACAUUUGUAGCCCCAUUUUAUAACUUGGAUGCAUGGUUUGCAAACAUGAUUUAUCCCUGCUGUUUAAGGUGAUCCUGAAAAGUAACCCCCACGUAGGUUGCAGGCUUACUGUACUUAAUUCUUACAUCUCACUGACUGACUGACUGACUGGCUGGCUGCCUCACCCUUAUGUACAUCUGAAAGCUUGACUGAGAAUAUUCUAGAAGGUUUGAGGAACAUGCAGUUCUCAGAAAAUCUUGAAAGGUUCUAUAUGGUCCUAAACAUUCGAAAAACGAAUCCAUGCAUAGAAUUUAUUUUACUUCAACAAACAUUAUAACGACAUCUAUUUCCCCUUGACUUUCAGGUGGGACUCCAUAUCCUGGCAUGAUGGUUGAUUCUAUGUUCUAUAAUAAAAUUAAAAGUGGCUACCGAAUGGCAAAACCGGACCAUGCUACCAGUGAGGUGUACGUAUUCUUUUCGUCUCAUUCUUCUACAACACCUCAGGGAAAUUAUGUACAGAGCACUUGGACUGAUCUAGAAGCGCCCUCACAGCAUUCAAUCCAAACAUACCUAAACCUCUCCAGGUUUAACUUGGGAAGCAGGGAGGCACAGCCUUCAAGUUUGCAUCAGAACCUGGUUGUGUAUGAUGCUGAUUAACUUUCCUCCUACAAUGCGUCUCAGCCAGAUGGGGAUCUAGCCUGAGCAGGGUGGUCAGAUGCUAGGCUUCCAUAAAAGGGAAGCAAGGCAAACUCAAGCACAUCCAAAUUCAGGUUCUGGUAAGGCAACAACUAGGAGGACAAGUUUUAGGCAAUGUCAAACAGAGGUCAGGUUCCAUUAAGGCAGGAGUGGAGUAUAUGUGGCUCUGCAGAGGCUGCUCUGACCGUUGACCAUACUGGCUGGGUCUGACGGUGUCUAACUACAUCUGGAGGGUCCCAUAGAUUUGGUUCUGGUGAAGCAAUACCCAAACUCUUCUGGUGAGGGAAGACCAGGGACAUAGGAGAAGGCUCAAACAUGGCUUCAAUGGCAAGCAAAUACAGACCGAGAUUUAAAUAUUUGAGUAACUAGCUCCAUUGGGUUUGAAGGGCUUAGCCAGCUUCAGAAGCUGUCGAUUCUGGUGACACCGGGGAGGCAAUGGGUUCUGCUAAGGCUUCUGGGCUGGAGUAAUCAGAGCUUACAGAUGGCAACCCAGCCUCCUCAGGCUAGAGAAAUGUUGAAGGCAUGGGCUCCAGCUCAGAUAUUCCUUGGCAAUGGGGACAUGAGGCAAGUCUAUUUACCAUUCCAAAACUUCUUCUGAAUCUCCAGCAUUGGACCCCAAGAUCAUGCCACAACAUCACUCAAAAAACAACAACACUUGAAAAGAAGUUUCCUUUCUAAAGCAAUGUGACAAGCAUGCAGAUAAAUGCAUGGUUGGUCAUGUGGCACUUUUAAGAGUAAAAAAGGAUAGACAGCCCACCUGAAGCAUGGGGAACGGAGCAAGACUGAUGGCUGAGCCAAUCCCCAGUUCAUCAGUUUGCACAUUUGUCACGGCACCUGCAAAGCUAGGCUUCCUCUAUGACUCUCUUCCCCUUCAUUAUGUCUGUCUUUAUACUGUCAUCAAUUUGCUUAAACGUCACAAAUCAUUAAGCUAUUCCCUCCCGCCUCAAUACUGUUCACAGGUAUGACAUCAUGGUGAAAUGCUGGAACAGUGAACCCGAGAAAAGACCUUCUUUUUACCACUUGAGCGAAAUAGUUGAGAACCUGUUGCCUGGAGAAUACAAGAAGGUUUGUCCUUUUGGAAACUGGGUUGCUUCUAGGAUUUCAGAAGAAGACAUUGCUUGGUUGUGCCAUUGACUCUUGGCUCUUAAGUGGGGUAAAUAAAAUGUUGUUUCAUGAUGACACUGCAGAGAAUGGUGAAAAUGUGGAGACAGAAAACCCCACCAUAAUAUCCUAUUUGAUGCUUGACCUAUCUCAAGCAGCAGAUUUUGAAGGUAGCCUAAGAGGGUGACAAAUUGUCAGUCCUAUUCCCUUUCUUUUCAGUUUGGCCCUGUAGCUUUCUCUGUCCUGCACCUGAUGUCAUGUGAUGUCAGGACAGGUGGGUGUGGUUUGGGCCUAACCAUGCCAGAGGACAAAUGGAGAGGGCCUUAAUUAGGCUCACGAAGGUCAGAAGUCCCACCCCACUGCCUUAAAAGAUGCUUCUGACCCCAUGUGACACAAAACACUACUCAUGUGCAAAAAAAUCAUUGAAAGGAAAUCAUGCCAGGUUCUAUAGAGAUUUAUAAAGAUCCUAUUUUGUGGGAGUAUGGGAUGGAGAGCCUUAAACAAUUCCAACCAAUUUUGUUAUAUAUAUAUAUUUCAGAGCUAUGAGAGAAUUCACUUGGACUUCUUAAAGAGUGACCAUCCUGCUGUCACACGCAUGAGAGCAGACUGUGACAACACCUACAUUGGAGUCACUUACAAGAAUGAAGACAAACUGAAGGACAGGGAGAGUGGAUUUGAUGAACAAAGACUCAGCGCCGACAGUGGCUACAUAAUCCCCCUGCCGGAUAUUGACCCUGUUUCAGAAGACGAGCUCAGCAAAAGGAACAGGCACAGGUACACCUGAUUAAAGUUCGCUGUGACCUAAAUCCUGACAUCAUUAACCACUAGGGCUGGAUGGAUCAGUCUCUUUCUGUGCCAUUAUUAAUUUUAUGUCUGUCACUGUUUUCACAUUGAUCUGCAACUUAAAAGAAUAUCUACAACAACGUACAUAUUUAAAUAACGGUUUCCCACAAAGCAUGACAGAGCAGUGUAGUCAGCAUCACAUUUGUCACCCCAAAUGCCAGUUGGGGCAGAAGAUGGAGGAGAGCUAUGCAAUGCCAGUGACUGCAGUGGGACUGUCUUGUGAUCUGUCCCUCUCUGCUCCCUGAGUGCCCAGUUUGGGUCUUCCGGUGUUAUCAAUGGUAGGAAUCCUUCUGACUAUGUUUCCACCUGCUCACAAGUUUGGCACAAGUGGAACUGGGAGCUCUGUGCCAGAGGAUUCUUGCUGGCACCACUCUGCUGAUGGAACUGGUAAGAUCCCUGCCCCACCUACGUAAUCCCACCCACCCACAGCAGACUAGGAGUCUGGACUGAAGCCUAGAUGUAUUUUUUCUUCAAAGUAUGCAUUUCUAAAUGUACUUUUUUAUAGUAAAAUGUCAACAUUUUUGUUGACCAUUUUGGUACCCUUGGUUGAGCCAAGAACUCUGCAAAAUUCAGAGAAGUGUGAACUCUGAAGGAUAACCGCAUUGACAGUAGCCUGGGAAAUGCAGAUCACGUACUAUUGCAAAGAAGAAGCCCCACAAAUUUCCCACUCGAGGCAGCAUACCCAGAAUAUUGAUUUAAAACGUAUUAAGUAAUUUGUCCUUGAUUCAUGAUUUCAGUGCUGAAUAUAGGCAGCUUUUUACCAUUAUAAUUUAUCAUUAUGUGCACAGAACUAGUGGAUGAUCUGAUCUUCAGUACUGUCCAGCAAGUGGUGGAGUCCAGAUAGUAUUUUACUACUCUCACGCUUCCUCAGAUUAAUGAUUUGGGGAGCUUCGUGCUCUAUUCACCCCUUGUUUCCUGAGAUUUGUCAUCAGGUGUAGACCUGUGCUAGAACUCCCUUUAGUCCCACACAUGGUAAUGGUGAAGCUCAGCAAGGCUGACCUGCAUGAAUUUAAUGUGCUACCUGGGAUAUGCUCCCAGAAUCCUCUGCAAUGAGCAGUGGUUCUGUGACAAAAGCAAACGGAUUCCUCAGCAAGCAAGCUGAUGUGGAGAAGUUUCCCCAAAGAUAGAGAGCUGGAAAAACUGUAGCAUUAAAGCAUUUCAUGUAAGAGUGAGUCUCUUUGGGGAACUUUUCUUUUGGACUCCAAAAUUAUGUGGCAUGUGCCUUCUGAUGAAUUCCUAAGGAGGAUUUCUGUUGCCCCAAGACAAUUGAAGAAUGCGUUCUUCACAGUGUGUUUUUAAGUUCCUAAAUGUUUUCCCCUGUGGUCUUCUUACACAGUUCCCAGACUUCUGAAGAAAGUGCCAUCGAAACUGGUUCCAGCAGCUCCACAUUCGUAAAGCGAGAGGACGAGACCAUUGAGGAUAUUGACAUCAUCGAUGACAUUGGAAUGGAUUCCUCAGAACUGGUUGAGGACAGUUUCCUGUAAUUCCCGAAGGAAGUAGUGGACAUCUUUUGAGGGGUGCGAGACAAGAAAGAAAGAAAGAAAGAAAGAAAGAAAGAAAGAAAGAAAGAAAGAAAGAGAAUCUCAACACAUAACUCAUGGAUUUUUGACUCUCUAAGGAAAACCACUUUAACAUAGAUGGUCGAGACUUGCAAUCCUAAGUGUCCCCACAAGGGACGCAAAGAUCUCACCCGGAUUUGUGAAACAAGAAGACAUUUAGAAACCAGCUUUUAAGCACUUCCAUAGCAUCUCAGUACCAUCUGCUGUUCUGAUAGGUGAGUGGAUAAAGGAAAAGGCCAUGGACAGUCCAAUUUGUGUUUCAAGGGCAUUCACAACUCAGAUGAAUAACAUUUCCACUAUGGUGAAACAUCACCCAUGUAAUUAUGUAAAUACCUUACCAGGAUGUUUUGUGGCAUAUGUGGAAUAGGCAUUUUUUUUAGAAGACCACUCAAGACUUCUGUGUAUUUUCUUCCUUCAGUCUCAUCAUAAGCUGCUGUUGAACUAUCACAUGAGAUGAAGUACAUGCAAAAAAAGAAAGAAAACCACUUUUGAAACUCAAACUAAUUGGUACUAGGAAACCUUUUUACCUUUUUUGCAGCUAAUACAAAUAAAACGGAAUUACAGUAAUUUCUAAUAGCUUAGUAAAUCAAGUGAGACUCUUCAUAACCAUAGAAGAAUAAUUGUUUACCUACUGCUGUUUUCAGUAUCACUAAGUAUAGUUUUAUAACUACUCCUUGCCCUUCCUUAAAAACACAGUACUGAAAAAAACUAAUGAACUAAAGCAUUUUAGCAUUUAUACAUUUACAAGAAACAACUGUUCUAUUUGAUAGUUAAUGGCUUUGGUAAAUUAAAACUAGUUUAGGAAGUAGGGAAAGCUAAUGUAUUCUAUGGCAUCCACCCUUAGCAGAGUAGCUAUCCUAAUGCAAUGAAUUUAUGUGCUGGUGAAUCCUCCUUUGAUUCAGUGGAACUCUUCAAAAAUUGAAGUUUAUUUUUAAACCUUCGUUUGCAACCAGGUUCCUCAAGUUAUUGCACAAAAUAUGUGUGGCUAAUCAAUCAAUAGAGAGGGUGCUUGGAGCGGUUGAGAAAAAGAGCACAUCGGGAAGUUUGUUUGGGGUUUGCAUGUGACAAAUGGAUUGGAUGCACCAAAUGCUCUUUCUGAAAACGCUUCUUCCCGAGCCUGAGAUUUCCAAUUAAGUCUGUAGCUACUUUGGAAAGAAAGAAAGAAAGAAAAAGUUCUACUUUUGGUAUAACAGAAAUGGAACUGGAUCCUCUUGCCCUUGUCAAGUUUUUAGCUAUAACAUUGGACGUUAACAAGGACAGCGGAUGCUCAGGUUGCGAACGUGAUCUGUGCAGGAGGCACGUUCGCAGGAGGCACGUUCGCAACCCGCAGCGCUGGGUGAUCUGUGCAGGAGGCACGUUCGCAACCCGCAGCGCUGUGUCUGUGCACGCGUGGGUUACGAUUUGGCGCUUCUGUGCAUGUGCAAAGCACAAUUUAGUGUUUCUGCACAUGCGCGAGCGCCGAAACCCGGAAGUAACCUGUUCCGGUACUUCCGGGUUCGGCGCGAUGCGCAACCCGAAAACACGCAACCUGAAGCGACUGUAACCCGAGGUAUGACUGUAAAGAGUCUUUUUCCAUCCACACCAAUGGGCACUGAAUUGGGAGUGAAGCAAUUGUUUCUAAACAAUGUUGCAUUUUUGAAGGAAAUAUAUUUAAAAUAUAGGAUUGGCUGUGACCUCUGUGGUGUGUAUAUUCAAGUGGCACAUCUGUCUCUGUAAUGUGUAAAAUGGCCCUAAGCAGUUGCUGAUCCUUCUUUCAGUCAUUCUCACACAAUAGUUUGAGUCCUUCCUUGAUCUGAAUAUAAUGUGUCUGACAGUGUUUCUGUGAUAAUUUACAAUGCAUUCCUGGAUGAGCCUCAUUCAGUUCUAUGGGACUUAUUCCCAGCUAAGUGGGCAUAGAGUUGCAGCCCUAGGCUGUGAUUUUGUCACAGUCUAUGGAAAUCAUGAACUAGAAUCAGUCUAUGACAUACAGGGAGCAUGAAAGUAUGGUGCACAAAAAGAAAUUCCAUGUUUUUCAUAAAUCCAGAGCUUGAGCUUCAUUAAAGAGAAAUGUCACGGGGUAAACAUGCAAAAGAGCUGUGCCAUUAGCUCAAAAAUUCCUGUUCCUUAAUCCUAGACAUGUAUGUGGCAGGCAACAGAUGCUCACUGGUGGGGAAAAAGGAAUUUGACAUAUUCUUGGCAUAUUCUGUGUAGUUAUAAUAAACCAUACCGAGACUCAGACCUGGGUGGAAUCUACAUACAUAUAAAAAACGUUCUGAAAAUGCUUUUUAAAAAGCGUUUUUAAAAAUAUAUUGAAUUUUCCAUAAGGCUCACCAUCCCCAUCUAGUGUCACAUUGUAUAUUACACUUAAAACACGCUUAAAACAUUUUAUUUGCAGCUGUAUAGCUGAGUUCCUGGUAUUGAAACCAGAUGGUAGAAAUUAAUUGAUCUGGCAUUUCCUUUGUGCAAAUGUAGCCCAAUGUGGAUGCUUGCUGGAUUUCCUGUGAUAUCACUAAGAGCAGCAUAGGGUAGCAAUUGGUAAGUGGUGAGCAACCAUUUUGAGCAAUACAACUUUCUCUGUGCCAAACUCGCAGGCUUGCCUAUCAUUACAGCUAUGGCUCCAUGCUUUAUUGACGUGAUAGUUAAAGGACAAACAGAUGAAGGCAGCUUGUGCUAGAGACAGUGCUGUGUUGGAACUAAGCUCCGCAGCAGUUGAUGAGCACCUGGCAGGAUUAAAAAUGAGCGUAAAUCAAUGCUUUGUGCCGGACUCAGAACUACACAGCCUACUUUUGAUGCUAAAUAACUAACUACAACUUAAACAUGAAGCAUCAAGUGAUGCUUCAGUGCAUUGAGUGAAAAAGAGCUCAGUUUGAUCUCCCAAAAUAAGCGUGGAACCAUAUCCCAUUAAAAUUAAUAGGACUUAAAUGUGCACAUAGGGAUAUCUGUGGUAAAUAAUUAUUUGAGGUGCUGAAUGCCAAAACACAAUGGGCCCAGUAUAAAUCUGUGCAAAUACUUGGACCAGAUGAGUAAGUCCAAGCCUUCGAGAUAUUCUUCUCUGCUAGAUCCAAUUUAUUACAAAUGUGCCGGUGCAAUGGAUGGAAAUUGCAGACACCUUACUUGCGUGUGUGUGUUUUGCAUUACUGCACAUGGAUCAGGUCUUCUCAUGUUUCGCAGGCUUUCCUGUUUCACUGGCCACUAAAGAAUAAGCUGCAAUAAUUCGUACCUUGGUUUUUCUUUUUCUUAUUGUACUUUUUGUUAUGUAUCUCACAAAACAAACUCAUGCUAAUCCCAUAUCUUGCUUCAGGUGAACACAGAUCCCAUUGCAAUGCACAUCUGCCCAUACUGCAUGUCACAGAUGGGGCUCCAUUUUAAUUUCCUGUCUACGUUGCAACGUGGAUGAGCACAUUUAUCGCCACCUACUCUCUCAUGUUAGUUAUGCCCAACAUGUUUUGGGCAAGGUAACUAUAGCUGGAUUGGGACCAAGUUCUAGUUGUGGACCAAAAUAUGCAGUAUAUUUUUUUAGAUUUAUAAUCCUAUGAAAAGUUCCUGACACUGCAAUGGACUGCACAUCAGAAAACUUUACAAAGACAACACAUUAAUGCAGGAGGUACCUGUUAGACUAAGGCUUGCAAUCUUGUAUUCACUUACCCAAGAGUAAGCCCUAUUGAAUUCAAUGGGACUUACUUCUGAAUAGACCCAUAUAAGAUUGCAAUGUUAGUCUUUCAAUAUUAGCCUGGGGAAAAACCCUGGAUUUUGUUACUGUCUUGAUGAUUUGUUUUAGGACAGGCUUCUUCAAACUCGGCCCUCCAGAUGUUUUGGGACAACUCCCAUCACCCCUGACCACUGGUCCUGCUAGCUAGGGAUCAUGGGAGUUGUAGGCCAAAAAUAUCUGGAGGGCCGAGGUUAAGGAGGCCUGUUUUGGAUCUUAGUGACUAUUUCUCUGUGGCUCAGUUUUGAGAAGCUUUCAGAAAAGAUAUACCCAGCUUUUGUCUGUUCUGUAUUUGUAUCAUGACAAUCGACCUUGCCUGUGAAACACAACUUUCUCAUUUGGAAUGGCCCUGUUCCUUACAAUGUGGUCUGCAAAUGUACAAACAGUCCUAUGAUAUAAUGAGGGACAUAAGAUAAGGUGAUGUUAUACAUCAAUAUGUAUAUAUGUAUUUUUAUAUCAACUUUGAGAGUACUGCCAAAACAUUUAUGACAAGCUGUAUCACUGCCUUUGUUUAUAAUUUUUUGUUUUUUGUUUUUACUGUGAUAUACUCCACAGGCACGCUAACUGUUGCACUUUUAAAUGUCCAAAAUUUAUAUUUUAGAAUGAUAAAGAAAAGCGAGAAAGAGUUUCCAUAAAGGUGGUAUUGUGAAGUGUUUGAGAAGAACCAGUUGGAAUGAGUGACCAUAGGUACAAAAUGUAAUACAAGUGCCCCGUUCUUAUUUUUGUCUUUUUAAAAAAAACCAUGUAAAUUAAGAUCUUUAUAUUUCAAUAAAUGAUAUAUAAUUUAAAGAUAACGAAGAGG